CAAAAGUCUGCUCACUUCUGAUUGGUCUGUUAGCUGCUGCCGAGUUGUCAUUCAGCAGCAGGUCCUCCUCACACACAUCUGUAGCAGAGACUCUCCCCUAGUCUGCCACUGACGAAGCACCGGGACGGGAGAGCUGUGAGAUAGAUUCGCCUCAUACUUUUCAACGGAUAUACUCAGAAACGAAACAGUUUUUUAAUUGUUUUGAGCGGCUUUUUCGGACUUGCGUAAGUAAGAGAAGUCGAGUCUGUCCGUUUUCCGUGAACAAGGAAACAUUUGGUGGUGUUGGAAAGACUGUUGACGCUCGAGGAAAGUUUAAACCCCUGAGAUAUACUGUCCGGGGAAAGGUGAAGCGCGUGCAACUUUAACUUUAAUGACCUCUCCGUUUGUUAACGAGGUGAUUUUGGUUUAAACAGUUUUAGAAAUUUGUGAGCUCGACCUACUGUAGGCUAUGUUACCUGUCCCAAACUGAGCACCGUAUAUCAGCAUGUCUUUCAAGCGCUGCUGUGCUGUGUAACCAGUUCGUCCAGCUCAGCGGGAGUUUCGGCCGCUGCUUGCUCUCAGGUAAACCGCCAACAAGGUUUACCCCUUUUUCCGAAGCACCCCGUUUGAAGCCGCUUCAACAUAAUGGCUGGUUUGAUCAAUGUCCACAUGAAAACCCUGGAGGACCUGACGCUGGACUCCGGCUACGGGGCGGGGGACUCGUGCAAAUCCCUCAGCCUGUCCUCAUCCAAGUCUAACUCCCAGGCCUUCAUGACGGCCCCUCACCGGGGCAACUGGUGGUACUACUCCGGCUCCAUGAACAGCAGAAACAACAGCUGGGAUACGGUCAACACUGUUCUCCCCGAGGACCCUGAAGACAUCUUCUCCAAGUGCCCCCGCUUACCUGAGCUGGAAGAGUUCCCGUGGACCGAAGAUGAGGUGGCAAAGAUACUGCGCAAAGUGGCCGAGAGUGGGAGCAUGAAAGGGGGGCUCACACCUGUGUUCUCCCCGGAGGCUGUGAAGCGGCUAUCGGCUCUCCUCCGCCGCGCUCUGAUCCGCAUCUCCAGAGAGGCGCAGCGUCUCAGCGUCAUGCACUGCCGCUGCACGCGCUUUGAGGUGCAGAGCGCCAUGAGGCUGGUGCUCAGCUGGGCUCUGGCCGACCACUGUGUCUCUGCAACGGUCAAGGCGAUCUCCAUGUACAGUAUGAGCGCAGGGGAGCUGCUCAGGAAGGGCAAGUCCGCCCGCUGCGGCCUGUCCUUCUCCGUGGGUCGCUUCUUCCGCUGGAUGGUGGACACCCGCAUCUCCGUGCGCAUCCAGGAGUAUGCAGCGAUAUGCAUGACCGCAUGCAUGGAGGCUCUGGCAGAGGAGAUAGGAGCUCGGGUGCUGAUGGCCGAGAGGGGUCAUUCGGGGCCGGAUUCAGGGUCAACAAGUGCCCAAGUGAGUGCAGAGGCCCUGGAGGGGGUGGUGAACAAUGAUGCGGAGCUGUGGGGAGUUCUGCAGCACUAUGAACACCUGAUCUGCGGGAAGAACGCCAAUGGUAAAUAUAGUUCAAGAACUUUUGUUUGAAUGGUUGUGUGCUGGGACGGGACAGUGGUGUAGUGGUUAGCACUGUCACCUCACAGCAAGAAGGUCUUGGGUUCGAAUCCGGCUCAGGGUGUUUCUGUGUGAAGUUUGCAUGUUCUCCCUGUAUCUGUGUGUUUACUCCGGGUACUCCGGUUUCCUCCCACAUGCCUAAGUGGGGUUAGGUUUAUUGGCCACUUCCAAAUUGCCCAUCCGUGUGAAUGUGAAUGUGGAUGGUUGUUCAUCUGUAUAUGUCAGCCCUGCGAAGAACUGGUGAUUUGUCCAGGGUGUCCCCUGCCUUCGCCCGAAGAUGCUGGGAUAGGGUCCAGCCCCCCCUGCGACCCCGGGAACAGGAAUAAACGGUAGAAAAUGGAUGGUUGUGUGCUGGUAGAUGCAAAACUUCAUGUCAAACUUUUUCUGUGUCGCUCUGUCUCCAUCCAGAGUGUGGGUCACCACCGCUUUCCACUGCCUCACUUGGUGGAAAAGGUGAAAUAUGUCCUGCUGCCCCAUACAAUAGCAGCCCUUUGUGCAUGAGCAUUUGAUGGAUUCAACGCUAAUUUGACCUGUCAGAGUAGGCAAAACCAGUGCAGCAAAACUGUAGAACAAAGGAAGUACUUUACUUUUCUCAGACUGAGGUCACAUAAGGAGAAAUGACAGCUGGUACACCAUACUCAAUUGCCAUAUUUAUCUCAAAGCACUUGAGUCAUGAUGGUUAGUUGUUAGUUUGCACCCACACACGUCAGUCUUGCUCUGCUUUUGUGAGUUGGGGGUGUGUUAAGCCUUUAGAGCACACAGGCAGGGGGCUUGUCUGUUGACACAGCUCUCUGUUUGUGCUGACUUCACCUCUCAUCCUCCUGCUGUGUUGGCUGCACUCCUCUGAAAUCUUCCCCUCCAUUUAUUUCCCUCAUCCUCUCUCAACUCUCCUCCUCUAGGUCCAAUCCCUCUCACCCACAACCGUAUCUAUAGAAACUCUUCCUCCUUACUCUUUUAGCUCCAGCUGUGCGUCCUGCACCCUGCAUGUUUGUUUCCUCCACCCUCACAUCUCUCCUCAAUCAACUCUCUUUCUUUUUCCUCUCACACCCCAGUAGACUCGCAGCACUCAUUCCAAGGCUGUUUUGGCAGCCCAGUGUUGGCUUGAUUCAUGGGCUUGUGUCGGGACAAUGUAACCAGCCUUUGUUUGUGGCCCACUACCAGCUCCCUGGAGCAGAGCUUUUAACUACAGGACAAUAGCCUUUUGUAGUGUGAUUGUGCGGCUUAGCCCAAUGCAGAGAGAGUGAAAACAAAUGCUGAGGGAGCUGGGCUCACACGUCCACGUUCAUAUACUAUAUAAAGAAGAGACAGAGAGAAAAUAAACUCAGGUAGCUGUUAUUAAAGGCUUGAAUAUUACAACUCAUCUGAACUGAAGACACUGUCAUGCAUGAGUACCUCUGCAUGUAAAGACAAGGUAGAGUAAAUGCUAAAACACUGUGAACUUAGAUCAGUAAUAAUAAUAAUAACUUUAUUUAUAUCGCAAUUUUAAAAACAAGAGUUUACAAAGUGCUGGAAAACAAAGAAAUAAAAAUAACAGAACAACAACAAGAGAACACUUAGGGGGGAUAGGGCCUUAACACGACUAAAACUCAGACUACCUGUCCAAAAGAAAUAAAAUAAAAUGAAUUAAAAAUUGGUGGAAGAGAGAAAAGGUUUGAUGAGUGUCACAUGAGCUAAGACGUUAAUAAAACAAAGACAAUUAAACAAAGACAUCAUAAGAACCUGAGAUUCAACACAGGAACCCAACCAUAAAAACCUGAGACCAAGGGGACUAUUCUAAAACAUGGAUAGAGAGUAAAAGGUUUUAAAGAAGACAAACUCACAUUUGAUCAGCGAAUGCAUGCAGACUCUUAUUCACUGACUUGUUGCAUUUCAUAUUCAAAGUGUUAAAAAGACAGAGAGAAGUGUAUCAGGGAGCUCUUUUACUGCAAAAGAAGUUAAAGAGCAGCUUUUGUUCCAGCAUUUAACCAGAUGUCUUUGAGUUGGGUUUUUAGACCGGACUAUUUUGGUGAUUUAGUCAUUGGUUUUGAGAAAGACCAGCAUGUGUAAUAACAACAGACCAUUAUUCUGACCACCCUAGCUUUUUAUAGGCCCAAGACGGGGCUGUGUAAGCCACAUACCCCUCUACCACCUUACCACCUGACACCCCACACCCUAAACCCAACUUUCUACACCCACCCUCAAUUCUGCAAAAGUCCCCCGGCCACCAAAACCACCAGUGCAUGGAGAGGCAAAGAUCAACUUCCCCCCCUCAGAACCAGAGGGUAGACUACUGAUCAUAUGGAAGGGGAGAGUCUGAUAAAUCUCUCUCCCUCCCUCUCUCUUGAUUCCUCUUCUUCUCUCUGACUCUUUCUCUUUCUCAGGGGCUGGCCCACAUCUGGAACUCUUUAAGUCAGAAAUGACUUCUACGGCUCCAAUAACAAUUCUGAAAAACUCCCUCCCUCCGCUCCUCUCCUCCUGCCCUCUCUCACUCACUCACUCUUGGCUCUCCCCCUUUUUUACUUUGCCAUUGCUUUCACGUCCACUUGGUCUUUAUCUGUUUAUUUCUUCUGGUCUACAGGGAAUGCAUUAGAGGAACUUGGUUGUGAUGUGCCAGGAUCUUAUUCAUUACUCAUGCGCACGCCUGCGUGAGCACACUCCCGCACACACAAGCACACAUACGCAUGGUCUCAAACCUCUUUAGUCUGCUUUGCAUGUGUUCAAAUGGAUCCACAGCGCUGGUUGAACUCACUGCACAGUGCCUCCAUACAGAGGAAUCCAUUUGUCAUUCAUUUCUGCUAACAAGGAAAUAGCAGGGGCAAGCUCUUCCUGGUAUAAUUGUUGUUGAUAGUACAGUGGGGUAUUUUAAAGUGCAGAGUAGUAGCUACACUAAUGGGCAGUGGAAGUGGCUUUGAAAUCAUUGAUCUUUAUGACUGGCUGGCAUGCAGAUAUCCGUUAAACUCUGGACUAGCUGGCUGGGGAGUUUUCAAAAUGCAAUUUCAUUUGAGCUUUUGCCGUUUUCUUGGACUCAUUUAUGCAUACAACAAGCUUAUAAUGCAUUACACCUAAUAGUAUAUUACAUUACUCAACCCAUUGGAAGUCAGUGACUGUAAAUGCCCAGUUUUAUGACCCGAAUCUGUAAUAAUUUUAACAAGGGGCUGCCUGAAAGAGAGCACUCAUGCAAGAGAGCAAGAUUUACCUGGAAAAACAAACUUUGAUUUGGUUCAGCACUAUCAAAAAAAAGUUGAGUUCCUCUGCUGCAACCCUCUGAAGGUUGUAAAAAAGCCAGUGAGUAAUGGGUUUACAGUGCACACAGAGAGCAGGGCAUAUGAUUUGCUGCUCAGUAUUUCCCUAAAUAUGUAUUUAGCCUAAAAAGAGGCGUGGGAACAGUGGGCAGCAAGAUGCAGGGAGAGCAGCCCAGCACUGUGGUCACACAGAUGGGGAAACCAGCACUCUCAAAAUACUCUCCCUGUUCCUCAAAUCUGGGGCAGGAUAAAGUGCAGUUUUGGUAAACAGCAGGAGUUUAAUAUUUUGGUAAACAGACUGAGUUCAUUCUUGCAUGCUCCUGUUGUUCCCUGGCAAGGACAGCAAGCCUUUAUUUGGCCUGAAUUGACUGUAGAGAUGAAUUUACGAGGUCAGGCCUGUGAACCCUGUCAGCAGGUCAGUGUGUGCAUAGAGUUAAGAUCAUAAGUCAUAUAGCUUUAGUGGAUAAUAAGGGUUAAUCCCUCACAUAACACUACAACUCAUGUAUUUGUGUGAGAGGGGUUUUUGCAGGUCCAUAGAAACACACACACACGCACACACUGGUGGCUCAUGUCACUGUUUGCACUAGCUUUUUGUGUAGUCCCAGCUGCAAAAACACAAAGCCAUUAGAGUGCACAUGUGUUUCACUGUGCUCAUCUGUGGGUGCUUACAUGGACUUGUGUGUGGAUGUGGACUAUUUCAGGGAAAGAAGAAACAUGAGUAAUUUUUACAGAUAUGACACCACAGAUGACUUGUCGGGCUAUUACAAAACCCUGCGUUAUUCAUCAGGAACCCACCAUGGGUUUCAGAUCCUCCUGACGUUGGUCAUUCAGUUUGUGACAAUUAAAGGACCAUGAUCAAACUGAGCCAUCUGAAAGAUUGUGUUCUCUCCUCUCCCUUCUUUCAACCUUCAGUCAUUAUUUUGAUCUUAAGCCACACUGACACAUAACAGCAGCAUGACUCAUGCUUCUCAUCAGAGUUUACAGUAAAUCACUGAUAUGGAGGGAGCAAAGAGAGAUGGGGAUAACAGAUACUCUUGGGAAAAGGGCAAUGGCCAUAAAUAGGAAUACAGAAACAGCAACUUCAGACUUGAAAGCGUUCAUCCUGACUUAUUUUCAGCACCGUGCAUUAAGCUCCUUUAACUUAUUGAAAUCACAAAAUAUUCAGCCAGCGUGUCACAUGCAUUACCACACAGUCCUAGCAGUUGAGUAUUGCAGCCCCAGUUGCUAAUGGGGCAAGCAGAAAGACCGGCUGGAAUCUUGGACCAGAUAGCUCAGUGCAUUGCCUUAGUGCAAUGGUAACGUUAGAAUGGAACCACUGUGCAUCCCAUUAUGCACAGUCUUUGGCUCGGAGACAGAAUGCCACAUGCACUUGUGUUGGAGUCUGGCUUGGCUGUUGAAGUACUGAAAUAUCCCUGGUACGUGGUGAGGACCAGAAGUCAGACUCAGUGGUAAUGGUAUGUGAGUGGUAAAGUGUGAGCAACUUAAAGGGAUAUUCCAGAUAUUAAAUUUAAGUAAGGGUCAAACACACCGUAACACCGAGUUAGACACCCCCUCAAGAGAUGAAUGUUGUCGACUGCUUGCUUCUCUAGUUAUACCAACUUUAGUAAUGACCGCACGAUAGCAAUACGCAGUGUUCUACGUCUCCACGCACAAACAAGUCGAUCACUGAGUGCAGCAGAAACCUUAUGAUUAUUACUUUAUGGAAAUGCAAUCAGACAGAGACAUUAAGGCAGAAGAAUGACCACAUACAAGAAACACAAGAACUCUGAUUGCAUUUCCAUGAACCAAUGAUCAUAAAUGUUCUUCCUUGAGCUGCGAAGCUCCGCUGCACCACAAACAAGCGCCUGCUGGAGGAGAGUGGGUGAGUUGUUUUUUAUCUCUUUGCUAAAGAAACCAGGAAAAGCUAAAAAGAUUUUUGAUGGCUAAUACUAUGGUUGGUACUCUAUAUGUACUGUUGAUGAAGUUAGGUGCUUAUCUGAGCAUUAUUUGUGGCUAUAGAGUGGCCUUUUGGUUGAGGUCUGCGUGUGGAGACGCAGACCGCUGUGUAUUGCUAUCGUAAGUUCGUCGUAAGAACUAGAGAAGCAAUCAGUUGGAAACAUUCAUCUGACCAUAACUUACAUUUACACUGGAAUAUCCCUUUAAAAUGUAUACAAAAAAUUAUGUUAGUUGUUAUGUCUUCUAAAGUAAAAUUUAGAGUUAAAAAAGUUGGCUGGACAGCUUGACAAGCAGCCUCUGAAACCAAAAAGCCCACUUUUGUCCUGAGGAUCAGUGACAGAAAAUAACACACCAGGCAGGAAUUGUUAUGCCUCUUUGGAUCAAAUUAGCAAUAGUUGCUACAAGUUUGAAAACCCUUAUUGUCUGUCCAGCUUGCCAAUCAAGUCAGUAGCUACAGAAACUUGAGUUAAUAUGAAAAUACAGUAUAUCUUCUUUUCUUCUACAUGCUGCCAGAUAAUUUGACCCUGUGUUACCUUAACGUAAGAUCAUAUUUCAAAUUGUGCCAAAGUGGCAAGUACAAGCUCUAAAUUGGGUUUGUCAAAGUUAAAUGACCGAAUUCUGUAAAUAUACCUCAUGAAUCAAAUAAAAACAACCAGACACCUUUACAUUUUCUACAGUAUUAUUCUUUACUCUUUCAAGCAGUGUCAUGCUGAAGAGGAAAUAAAACUGUUUCACAAUGUGAAGAAGUGCCUGCAUAAUAUGCUCCUCUGUCAGAGAACAGGAAUCUUUGUCUCCCACACAAGACACAAACUCAAUGCAGGCAGUCACUGCAAGAGAUCUGUUAUUGCUACUAAGAGACAGUCCACAUACAUCAUAGUUACACCACCCUCUCACUCAGUUAUCUGUCAUACAGAUAUUUUCAUUGAGUGUUCAUUGCUUGUUGUUGUUUACAAAGACAAACAGUAGUCUAUUAAUUCUUUUGAAUUAGUUGUUUCUGCUGUGAUAUAAAUCUAUCUCACUUUUAAACAUUAGUGGAGGUCUCAGAAAGAGUAACCUAUUUGUCUUUGUCGCCACCAAACCCCACUAGAGUUUGUUUUUGUGCUUUUUACCACUCAAAAAUCAAUGCCAACCAUCACACUUCUAAUAGCCCAUAGGCAUUAGCUGGCAUGGCAUCACUUUCUCUCUAUGUGUGCUCCAGCAAAAGUGAAGCCAUUUACCGUAGUCGAUACAGAACCAAUCUGAGGGCGAUUUGGUUGUAAUAUUUAAUUACACACUUAAAAGAUCAGAUGGGCAGACUGAGGGGAGGAAGAGGAGGAGGAGGAGGAAGGGAGUGAGAGCGUGAGGGAGGUGGGGGAGCCGGGGAGUGUAGUUUAAGUGGAAACACAUUUGCCUUGCUAAGGAUUGGAUAUAAUAACCCCUCGCUGUGCUCUCUGCUGAAAUCUGUUGGAGUCAUACAGACUUGGCUGAAUAUAGCCAAGAAGAGAUAGAGGGAGAGAUGAAGCUUCAAUCCCACAUAUCCUCUCUGAUUGGGAUCUAUAUAGACUGGUUGUGCCAAAUCUGUGCAGCCAAGGAAGAGUUUGCGUGUGUGCAGGAUUGCUCCUGUGUCGGAUGUAUGUGUGCCAAAGGAGGGGCUGUGAUCACUGAAAAAAAAAAGACACAGUCUGUCUCAGCAAAGCCAGGAAGGAGAUGUGCCCUCUUACUUUUUUACUUUAAAGUCUUACCUGUUGUUUCUGUCAACAAGUAGAAUGAGAGGGCUUUUUGUGAUGCUCUCAGUGACGUCUUUGUCCAGAGUCAGAGCAGCACUGAGAGGCAAAGAUCCGAUACAUGGGCUGGAAAAGCAAACACACUUGUCUGCAGACACUGAUGAAUGCAAGACUCUCUCUCUCUCUCUCUCUCUCUCUCUCUCAAUCCACCUCCUCUGGCCCCCGUUCAGGUUUCAUGCUUUUACACCUAGAAAAUAUUCCUUUUAAACGUGUGAGCUGCCCAUGUGACAUUUAAAAACACAUCAAUCUGUCAAAUCCAGAUAAAGACAUGAUGGAUGACUAGCUCACUGUGCCCACAAUCAGCAGCUAACUGAAAGUACAAAAAAAAAUCCAAACUACAUAGGUAGAAAACACCUCCAUGCACAAAUCAUACACACAAACAAACACACACUCAAGAUAGUAAAGAGAAAAACCAAACAGGAGGAGAUGCUUUUCCAUCUGACUUGCAUGACUACUAAAGCUGUGUAUAUGCUGAGGGUGGAGUAAGCAAACAUUUCACUAGUGGACAAAGAAGCUCUGUGACAACCUCCAUUUCAGCUUCUUUCCUGUUGAGUAUUGUCCAGUUUAGUUUUUUUUUUACAGCAGAAAGCCUCUUUCAUUAGAAUUCAUCAGCUGGAAUGAACGCAAUACUAACACUCUGAAAUAAAAGCCCAUCUUUUACAGGUUGAGAAAUAGUUCACAGCUUGCAUGAUGAUGUUUGGAAACAGUUUCUGCAACACCCCAAAGAGUAAGCCAAUUUUCCAAAGGGAGGAAUUAGAGAGAGAGAGAGAGAAAGGAGGAACAUGAAGGAGAAUGGAAAAGUUACAUCAGCUUUUAUGACCAGGUUGUCUGACGCUGACUGUGCCAGGUUCAUUAGAAAGAGAGACGAUCAUGACAGGUCAAGUGAGGUGUGUAUGUUUGUGUGUGUGGGGGUGUUUAUGUGUGGUAUUUUGCCCUACAGUGGAAAGUAGGCCACAGUAGCCCUUUGACCCUUCUCAUGCAUGUUUUUUGCUUUUGAUGUCAUGCCGUCUCACCCAUCUUGGGUAAUCCCCUCUGACACUGAUGAUAUCUGCACAAAGAGACUGUUUAUGUGUCUGCCUGUCUUUGUUUUCAUUUUUCCUAUGAGUGAUUUACUGAGAGCUGACUAUGUGACUUUUAACACAAGCAUUCAAUCACUGAAGGUUAACUUGUCCUGUUUAGAGAACUCAAAGUGAUGUAUCCCAGAGACAGGAAUUAAUGCAGUGUUUCAAUAAGUUGAGAAAUGUUCAUUUUUCUCCCUUGCAGGUCGUGCCUCUUUUAGCAGUCCUGUCUCUCCCUGUCAGGCACUGGAAUGUGUUUGUUCAUGUGCCGACCUACUUUACAUGUUUGUCAACAACAACAAGGCUCAGCGGCUCGUUUGAAUUCCUGGUUGCCCUCAUCAGAGGAUACACCACCCCUCUCCCAUGCUGACUUGACAGAUAAAUCACAGUGGCUUUUAGUCAUUUAAAGCCUCUCUAGGUUUGGAAAUGUUCCUGCUGUUAUGUUUUAUCAACCCUGAUCAUCUAUUUUCCAACCCCCAAACUCCAAACAAGGCUCACUCAACUAGUUUUUGACUUUCCUUGUUAUUAGGCCUUUUUUACUUUUUUUAGUCCCAACCCGCACAGAUUACAAUCUCUAUUCUUGGCCUUACUGUUUGGCAGGGAUGGUUGAUAUGGGUUAAAAAAUCAAUCAUGAUAAGAUUUGCCAUUCUGGGGAUAGUGAUGAAAGUCUUGAUAAAGAACAUUAUAAUUUCAAUCUAUAUUUUUGACUCAUUUUGUCAAUAAUAACAAACUUAACCACAAGUUUAAGUGGUAGGUUAUAGAGAGAACUAAUGACGUCACACAAGUCUCAAAUGUGAAAACAGUUUUAACAUUUGUUGAAAAUUCUUAUUGCACAGAGUGAACAGCAGCAGAUCCACUGUCCACUGUCAGGCAUACCUGAUUGCUCUCAUCUAAACACCAAUCUUCAUUCAGUAAUCAUUCAGUAACGAGCUGCUCAGAAACGUCUUCUUCAUUACCUUCAGCCAUGUUCGUUUGUUAUUCUGCUCUGUGUGGGCUAUGGCUAACUUGCAUUUAUCAUAUUUAUCAUGGGAUGGCAAAAAUCUAUUAUGGAGGAUUUUUCUGACGAUAUAUCCUGAACGAUAAUUUAUCGCCCACCUCUACUGUUUGGUCCAUUCAUCUGUUCUCCUUCCUGUGCCUUACCUGCUGCACAGCUCACUCCCUGCAGCAAACCAUGGUCUGCUCUUCAAUUUUCAUUUUCCAAAACAUCACAGAAACUUUUUUUUUCUGUCUGCAGCCAAGCAGUUUCAUCUUCUGUAAACAUCACCUGUUGGGUCAAGGUCAUUGAGAUCAACCAUGAUGAUUAAAAAAACCGCAGCCGCACACCCUGCACAUUUAGACCAAAACCCCGUACAGUAAGGCUUCCUGGAAUUCCCUCAUGGUUAGUGGAGGGAAGCAGCUCUUUAGACUGAGGGGCCAUAUGUGGAACACAUGUGUGCACAGGAAAACAAACUCUGUCAAGACAGGACACCCUUUGCCAUGGCUUCAAGUCUCUUUAUGUUGAUACAAUCUGCUCAGUACAUCCACCCCUUCUGGACUUCUUAUUGGAACCAAAAUAAACAGUUCUGACAAAAAGUAGAUGCCUAUUACCAAGGAAAGUCGACAAUAUGUGGUGUGAUAGGGUGUGUGACUCCCUACCACACUCUGUGAUUUGAGAGUAAGGUGUUCAUCAACAUUUAAACAGGUUUGGAUAAUAUGUAGGUGACCCAAACGAAGCUGGAACAGUCCUCAGCAGGUCGGCCUGUAUUUCCGCAGCAGACCUAAGAGGCUCUUUAUUACACGUAAUUACCGUGUCUAUGUGUUUCCCCUUAAAUCGCUGAGGAGUAUGUUUGGGUUUGAGUCUAUGUUAUGUUGUGAUUGAGUGGCAAGGAAAACUGGUACAGCUUGACUGCCCACGCUGCUGCGAGACGAAAACUCUCUCCUGGCACUUUGUUGGUGUUUCUGUGAGUCUGUACAGGAUGUGUCUCUUUGGGUUUGUUCCCACUAAUCUGGGUUACAUCUGUCAAUAACCGUGUGCAUGUGUGGGCUCAUGUCCUUGUGAGAAUGGGUUGAACUUUUCAGCGUUUCUGUGAAUCGGCACAGUCUUUUUUUUAGCUCCAUCUGAUGUUUUUCUCUCCGUCUCUGAGUCUAUCUCUGUUGCGUCCGCCAUCUGUGUGCCACUGCAGGGUCACAGACAGUGCUGGACAUGAUGCUCUCCAGUAACGGUGGCCAAGUUUCCUCUCAAACUCAGAGAUAAUCUGCCUAUUGAGCAUUAGAGGGCUGGAGGGAGAUGAUAGAAUGGGGAACAGGGAAGGGUAUGUGAUGGAAAUUCACCCCAAUGAAAGGACGCUUUGUUUAAGGGAGUUUGGAAGAAUGAAUUGUUUUGGGUUGAAUUCGUCUCAAACAGCUGGAUCCUUGUGAAGAAGAGACUUUUUUUUUUUAUUUAAAGGUGGGGUACACACAUGGGAAAGUCUGCUAGUACACCAUGUGUCCUUCAGGGUGAACUGGACCGUAAGAAUCUUGUGUGACUUGGUGUUGGCAGUGUGUCUCCUUCUUAGCAGAGAAGUGGAGGUUGCAGGAAGUCAGUCAGACAGCAGUUAAACAGACCAACAGAACACCCCUCAAUGCUUCCCCCUCUUCCUCACCUCAAGGAACAACACGCAGACAGAAGUCUGAAAUGGCUACAAAGCUACCAUGAUCAUCAACUCUUCAAUCAUGGCUGUUUAAACCUAUGUAAGCCUGGUGGGAUUAUUAAACAUGUUAGGAUUAGACUUUUGUUCCACCCUCAUGGCCUGUAGACGCGAGUGUGACUAAUAUUGUCUCUCCUGAACAAGCAUUCUUAUUAUGAUCCAUGUGUUUCACAUUAGGUAACAGUCCAUACAGUGCACACACUGUAAGUGUCUGCAUGUCAGUGGCCUGGCUUUAUAGCACUUUUGUUAAAAGGGAUUGAAUAAGCACUCGCUCAGAGUUAGAUGUAUGAUGUACGACCCGACUGAACUUUCACUCUGACAGCAGGUAAGACGGAGGAAGUGGCAGAGCUGGAAAGGUCAAUACACCUUUCUUCCAUUGAGGUAGCCUGGCAUCACUCCUAUGCUUUGUCUUUAUGUGAAAGUCUUUCAUUGGCAGAUGACGACUUAAAGGGUACCGGUGUAGAUUUAAGUUAUAGUCAACACCGAGUUAGAUAACCCCCCGAGAGAUGAAUGUUGCAGACUGCUUGUUUCUGUAGUUAUCAACUUUAGUAAAGACUGCAGGAUAGCAAUACACAGUGGUCUGCAGCGCCACAUGCAAGCCUCAACCAAAAAGGCCACUCUAUAGCCACAAAUAAUGCUCAGAACAGCACCUAACUUCAUCAAAAUAUAGGGUCCCAGCCAUAGAACUAGCCACCAAACAUCUUUAUAGCUUUGCCUGGUUUCUUUAGCAAAGAGACUAAAUACAACUCACUCACUCUCCUCCAGCAGCCGCUUGUUUGUGGGGGAGCCCUGACGAGGCGAUCACCGAGUGCCACAGAGUUUCGCAGCUCAAGAAAGAACAUUUAUGAUCAUUACUUAAUGGAAAUGCAAUCAGACUGAGACACUAAGGCAGAAGAACUACCAUGUCUACAGUGCAAAAUGAUUAUCAAGAUGAUUAUUACUUCAAAGAAAUGAUCUGCUGCACUCAGUGAUCGGCUCGUCAGGGCUCCCCCCACAAACAAAUGGCUAUAGUGGCUUUUUGGUUGAGGUUUGUGCAUUAAGAUGUAGACCACUGUGUAUUGCUAUCGUACGGUUGUGACAAAAGUUGGUAUAACUAGAGAGGUAAGCAGUUGGCAACAUGCAUCUCUCGAGGGGGUUUCUAACUCAGUGUUACGUUUUGUUUGACCAUAACUUAAAUUUGAGCCGGAAUAUCCCUUUAAGGAGCCUUUCAACAGUCCAGUCAGGUGCUAGAAAGGGGCGUGUGUCCGCAUAGUGGGGUGGAGGGGGUCAGAUGUGUCAGGAGUUGAAAGCAAAGGAGGGGGCAGGGAGCCGGCCUGAGGGGUCAGGGUCUCAAAAAUUAUAACAGCCACCCAGUCAGUCAGCUGAGUGCGAACAAACUAGAGUGUGAGCUGCUUUGAAACGUUCAGGUGGUUUCAUGGAGAUAUUUUCCAAAGGUUGUAUUUGGUUUGUUUUUGAUGGAGGAGCUACUGACAUGCCAAAACCACGGGCAAUCUGAUUUCAGGGACACAGACAAGCGUGAACCACAGCUGAGAGAUGGAAGCCCACAUGAGAAAGCACAAGCAGGAGAUGUCUUGCUCUGUCUCUGUGACUCUGAUAACAUUGUGGGUCUCUACCGGUGUCUGAAUAGACCGAGAUAAGACAGACACAAAACAGCACUUGUAAGCAUACAAGGAAAAUCAAGAGUCACUUGAGACAGAGACACAGACUGAUAAGUCUCAAACAAGCAGACAGAGAUGGAAAGGAAUUUACACCAUCAGCAUGCAAUGAGCUUUCCCUGGAUGCAGGUGUGACAGAUAGCUUUUUGGUGCUCAUUAGGAUGUCUGUGUGAUAACCUCUGGGCGUCAGAGGAAGAAAAGAUGAGGACAACUCCUGACACUUUUCAGGUCUUGAUGAAUGGGUAUCAUCUCCAGUUCCCUGCUGGGAGAAACAAGCUUUAGUUGAGCCCCCUCUAGUCUUGUCCUGACCCCGUGGAGCCCUCCCAUGACCUCAAUCUUUCUCUCUCCUCCCUUGCCUCCUUCUCUCCUUUCCUUCAUUCUUAGUUCCUGUUGUCUUUUAUGUGUUCUCCCUGAUUUCCAUGCAUGAGUCUUGAAAUGCCAUCAUCCUGACCUGCAGAGAAUGGAGUCAGAAAAAAAGUGACUGAAUUGGAGAACACUUUCAAUUGAAUGGAUGCUUAGGAAAUUGAAAUUGAUGUGUUUUAAAACUGUUGACUAUGUGCCCUCAUAGAGGAUGAAAGUAUAUCAAAGGAAUCUCCUUGACUCUAUGCCAGGAGAUCAAGAGAUGUUGCCCAGCUGAGUGAAACACAAAGAGGAUGGCUGACAGAAAAGAGGGACAGUGACAAGCUUAGAGGAAAAAGAAAAAUCACAGACCAAGAUGAACCUGCCCAGUGCUUCUUGGCUGGAGUGCACUUCUGCACUGAAGGCUGUAAUUACCUUCUGACCAACUUGUGCUGGUAGCUGGAGAGCAGUUAGGUCAGCUUUUAGCUGGCUUGCACAAUGAGGUCAAGUACUAUUCAUGCCCUGGAUUGUGCAUAUCUACAGGCCACUCUAAAUCAGUCCCUCACUCACUUACUCUCUGUUUGGACUAACUUUGUUGUGCACGUCUGAAAUUCUAAUUAAUGAAAAGCUCACCUCCCUUCUGUCCUGCUUCCUCCAGCUUUCUCUUCCCUUCAUUCCCUUCUCCUCCUGCCUCUCUGUCUCUGUGCGUCCUGCCAGUUCUCUUUUUGCAGAGGGUCAGCCAGAGACUUUCUGCAAAGAGACACUGUUGGAGUCAGACUCCUGGGAACCUUAAAAACGGCUGGGGAAGGCAUCAAUAUUCCUCUCUUACACAGACACACCAGAGGGCUAAAGCUAGGUUUUAAAUAUGCCCAGUAAUCCCCGUGUAUCAGGCUGCUUGGUUCCCUCAGGCUUUCAGCAGGGAACUUAAGAGGUCUCACUUUUUUCCCCAUUUUUCUUCUUGAGAUACCUUCCCUGUCCUUCUGCAGGAUUUCUCUUUACACAGGGUCCCCUCAGACGAUUCCCAUCUCCAUUAUGCUGUGUUAUUUUCUGCCCAUGUGCUUCUCAAGAGGCAAAGGUAAGACAUAGCUAAUUAUCACCCCACUGUUUGUGUAAGCCCCUCUGGGACUUCAUGGGUUGAAAUCGGAGAGUAGGAGUUGUCUCAGGGUGGGGAAACAAUAUGUGAGUCCAUGGUUUAUGGCUCUGGGUAGUCAAAAAAACCCUAACACAGAACAUUUGGCAAGCAGUUGAAUGAAAUCUCCCUUGAGCCCCUCUUUCUCUCUGUCUGUCUAGCCAUUUUGUGGUCAUGGGGUUUCCCGAGCGGGCAAAGCAGGGGCUGCUGUUUAUCCUGGAAUGGGAAAGGAAGUAGGAGAACUUACAAGUUUGGGCAAGAAUUAAAAAAAAAAGAGAUGAAUCGAGCUGAAAAGAGAGGUUUUUGUUGAGGGAGGAGGGGUAGCUGAUGAAGAUCAGCGAGGCCUGCACACAUGCUUGGCCAUCAUCCUCACACUCCGACAGACCCUACAGUGGGAAAAGUGGAAUGAAAACAGAUUUGUCACUCAGUCUGCUGUUUGUACAGGAGCAUGUGCAAGAAUAGUCCCCCCCUCCUCCCAAUCUGGUACACACAAACAUUCCUCUAAAACACUCACACACCCAUGCACAGCACUCCCUUUAAAGGGUCUUAACUGGGUUGGUUGUCACUGGGAAGGGUAGAGGGGUUUGUGUGUUUUUAGUGUGUGUGGUCAGGAUGUGGCUAGCACCUCUCACUCAUCAUGAUUUACUAACAAUACCCAUGGUGGUCAGAGGCUAACACUCAGCACAUACUACAAGUCUGAGUGGGUCGAGUGUACAGUAACCUUCAAACUUUUUCCAAAGUCUACUGUUCCCUGAUUUUGUUCACAUUGUAACACAGUCUCCACUCAAGAACAGUGAGUUUUUCCUGAUUUAUUGUUUGUUUCCUGACAGACUUGGUUUAAUAGUUUCUUUUUGAGGUCGUAUUUGGUGAUGUACAGUGCGGCCAGACCAAAAUAUACAUGUGUGUUUGCCAGGGUGUGAGUUUCUCUGUGUUAGGAAACACUAAAAAUCUGCCUGCUAUUAUUUUGCCAUUGUGGCUUGGGAGAUAUCGUGGGAACUUUAGCCGAAUUGAACCGAGUUGGUCUUAUGAAAUACUCCAAAAGAACAGAAUCAACAAAGACACGCACAUUUGUGAGAGUUAUUUCAAAUGGCCUUCAUCUUCGACAAAGCCUGUACUCUAGUAUGCUCUGUUUUUGUUAUGUGCUCAGUUUUAUCAUUAAAAGACAUGAGGAAGAGAUGAAAACGACAACAACAGUCUUCAUGGAGGUGCUAUCUCUCCAUGUCUGUGAUCCUUGUCGUUCUUUUUCCAUCUGCUUCAUAGAGGACAGGGCUUUAGUGGGUGGUCCAUAGAGACCGCCGGAACAGAAGCUUCUCACAACCUGAAAAACACACACAAACUAAUACAUAAAACACUCAUCGAGAGGCCCAAACACACACACACACACUCAUAGUCAGACACAUUAAGUCACACCACGUACAUUAAACCUGUCUGAAGGUGCAGAGAUGACCGUAUAAAGAAAUCCAAUGACACACACUGAGUCAAACAUCCUGUAGCACCUGCAGAGGCAACAGCUGGGAACACACAAACAGCAACAAACACCACCGCUUAAACACAUAAACGCACACACAUGCUCGCCUCCCACAACUUUAUUUGUGUUGCUGCCGCGCUCGGGCAGAGGAAUUUGUUAGCAGGUGCCCCCCUGGAGAGAAGAGGCAGCGAACACUCUUCACACUGCAUACAUGAGUGGUUUGUAUUGUAGUCGGCGCUAACACCGUUCACUUUGAAGGGCAAGACUGCAGCAGAUGAGUCAGGGGCAUGACGUGAAAUGAUGUAACAAAGAGCCAACUCUUGGGUUUGUUUUGACACACAACUUUGUAGCUGAUAAUUGGUUUACCCUGAGACUGUGUGCACACAGCCGUGAAUGUGUGUAUCAGACAGGGAUACAUUGAGAUUCAUACAGCAUUCUUAUUAUGAUAUCUUUACCUAAAUUUAGCCUGUGAGCCAAGAAAAGCACACUUUCAAUCCAACACUUGUCCUAAGGUGGCCGUCCUAUUUUGUCUCCUGUUUUUUUAUUUGUCAAUCUUUUCUUUUGCUAAGUGUGUUUUUCACUCACCAAACUGCUCACUCUUUAGAACAAACUGUUCUCUCAGGUUCAGGGCUGGUCACAUAAGCACAGUCGUGUUUUCUAAGGGAAGAGGACAGAGAUAGAGGAACAAUAAUUUAAUCAGUCUGAGCAGAAAAUGUCAACAGAGAGAGAGUGUGUGUCUGGGUUAUCUACUGCGGUCGUUCAAACUCAAGUCUGAUAGCUUUUCGAUCAUAAUUGAAGUUUCAGAUGGUUUCAGUUUUUUUUUGUUAAGAUGAGGACAGUGAAGAGGAAAAAAACUUAAUAAAACCGAAAAGUAUCUGUGAAAGUGGGAGGCUUUGGCGUCAAGCAGUUUAGUCUUUUCUCAUUUCGUUUGUGACACUCUUGAGAGGACCUGACCCCAAGCAAAUGUAGGUGUCUAAGUGUGUGUGUGUGUGUUUGUGCCUUUUGUCAAAACAUUACAUUAACACAAUGAGGCUUUGUUGAACUUUUAGUGCGGCUCAUGGUGCUGACCGCCACAUGAGCUCUUGUUCGCUCAUGGACAUAGGAGGCGGGUGACAUGAGUGUGAGUGUGCGACAUUGUUUGCGUAAGUGGCUGCUUUGUGAGUGUAAAGAUUUUGGGUCAAAAGGUGACAUAAAUGUAUAAGAGGAUGGGCCUUUUGAAGCAGUGUGGACCCUCCCUCUGGGCUGAAUGUAUGUGUGAGGGUGUACAGGGUGUGUGUGUGUGUGUGUGUGUGUGAGGGUCAGGGGUUGGUUGUAAACCCCUUUAGGUGUCAGAUGGGUCAUACAGCCGGUUGAAUUAGGGGACUGGUCUGGUUAAAGGUAGUUUACUGCCUUUUGCUAAAGAGGUGGACAUUCUGACACGCCCCCAAAGGUCUCUACCACACCCAGGUCACACACAUGCACGCUCACACACACACACACAUAUGCAGAGUAUUAAAAGUUGCUAUUUAUGCUCAACACAGGCCACACACAUGAUUUGUGUUUUGGUUGCCUGAUGCAUACCAAUUUUAAAUUCUGAUAUCUGUGUGGUCAGACUGAUUUAUCAGAGUGUCGUCAUGUGUGUCUGAGGUUGGGUGGUCCACUGAUUUAUCACCCAUGUGUCGCUCUGAGACAUGUUCCAAUAGUGGCAUUGAUUUCCUGACUAAUAGUACGAGAUGGCGCUUAUGUUAUGACCGACAUGCUUCCCCUCCCCGCUUCGUACCCCUCCUCUGUCUGUCACAGUGAGGACAGUUGUUCUCAACAAUGGUGUGGACAACAGUGGAGCGAGGCAGAUGUAAAUGGACCAGCCCUGCUCAUUAUUGCAGACAAAAGAACAGUGGGGCCUUUUUGAACAAAGCUCCGCUCCAUCCACCUUUCACUGCCGUCCAGCGCCGUUCAGCUGUGAUGCCUCUGAAAUAAUGCAAACUCAUCCUCUCUAUUAGUCCUCUCUUCCUGAGUUUAUGAAGGGAUGGAUUUAGCUUGUUGUGAGUAUAGCUUUUCUCCCUUAAUGCACACUUAAUUGGAGCAGGACAGCAGUACAAACUUUAAUGCAACAGUGCUUUACAAAUAGUUUUCUGUCAGUAGAAGGAAAUGUAGCCCUCAUUGUUUAUUGAGCUGACUGUGCAUGUUCUGAAUCACUUUAACAUAGGCUCUGUCGACAGUAAUGGAGGGUAACUCAAUGCAUUAACUCAAAGCAAGUUAAGAUCUGAAGCACUUGAAACUGAAGUAUUUCCCUCGUAUGAUACUUUAUCGGGUACUCAACUCCCCUCAUCAAUUUCAGAGUGAUUUUUUUCUAUUCCUUCUACAGCAGCUGUUUUUAGUUUAAAGAUGAAAUAUAUUUUUACAUUAUAUUUGUACUAGUCCUCUGAGCUUUGUCGUGAUGUGCUUAUAAAAUAAAAUGACAGAACACAGCCAAUCUGAACAUCCCUUUUGAGUAUUUAAAGCACAUUUUCAUCACAUUUACAUUGUUACAUUCUACCCUUGACAGAGUUACACAAGGACUCACAAAAAAGCAUACAAUACAACACACUUGUAUGUCUGUGUCAGAGCAGCAAUUAUUGGCUGCCCAGAAUGUGGUUUUCCUUUCCUGUCCUCUGGUCUUUUCCACUCUGCUGUGAAACUGCAGCCCAGCAACUUUGGGAGCAGAAGAAGUAGAGCAGUAGGAGAAAGGAUAAAAAGGAGGUGAUUGAAAGAUUGAAUGAAGCUCCAGUCCUAAUCAUAAUCCAUCCCCCCUACCCUUGUUUUUUCCCCCUUUUGACUUUCUGUGUUCUGCGUCAUGAUUUCGCUCUACCAAGCCCAACUUGGAAUGUUAAUCAGCAGAAAGCUGCUUUAGAUUUACAACAGGGAAUCUGGAUCCAGCGCUUUGAAAUGUCAAACUCUUAAGUCUCUGUAUCCAAACUGCUUGUUGGGACUGUGAGAACUGAACUGCCUCAGAGUUUCUGAAAAUAAUCGACCUCUUUGAGCUUUUGGAAAGAAGUACCUGCCAUUAUCCGCGGAUGUUCGGGAGAAACACUCAUCAUCAUGCUAUUGUAUUCUCUAGGAUUAUGCUUGAAUUAUGAAGGGAAGAACAAAGAGCUAGAAAACAUGGAGUUCAAAUCUUAGAUCAUCACAAAGUGUGUAACCUCAGGUUGAAUCCUAACUUCUGGUGUUGGAGUGUAAAUCAGGCUGUGACAAAUCUGCACCUUUGAGUUAUUUAAAGUUUAAAUGAAGGGAUGUGGCACUUCCUCCAAUCGCAUGAUGUUACCAAAAGUAUUCGUCACAAUUAAGCAAACAUCAUUGUAUACUUAAGUGACUAUCAUUGAAGGUUGUAUAAAUAGAAAUCGUUUUCUUUAUCUCAGACAUGUCAUCUUUUUCACAUACCUUGACAUAUUUGGGCAGGAACUCUGCCUUCCUCAGAAGUGUCACUUGGUGGUAGGUGUGACACAUCAUAUCAGCUGGUGUUUCUAAGAAACUGAAGACAUAAUGAACAUCAUCCAACAAGUUGUAUAAAUAGAUUAAGAACCCACAAUACGUAAUGUGUUACUAGGAAAUCAGUGAACAAUGGGUGUCAGUUUGGUUCAGGUGGUAAAGCAGGUACCACAUGUGCAAAGGCUACAGGAUUCCUGAUCUCGUCAUGAUUUGGUGCUCGUCUUUCCUCCUUUUCCCCAUGUUUCCUGUCUCCCCUUCACUGUUCUGCCAAAUUAAAUACAAAAAGCCCAAUACACCAACACCCCCCCUUAGAAACAGUCAAAGAAAUGAAUGAGCAAGGUAUGCUCUAUUUCCUGCUGAAGGCUGAUGAAUGCAUCCUGCCAUCUGUAUUUUCUAACUUCUCUGUCCUGAGUGUUUGAAAUGACUUAAGAAUCACAAAGUUUAUAAGUUCAAGGCUUAAACUGCCUCAUUUUAUGGUGAAAGACUCAGCCCUUGGCUCCCACCAAAUGGUCAGAGUUCAUGUUUAUUUGGCGGUAAAGUGGUUUUGAACAUCAAUCACAGCACACACUUAGACAAAGUCACAUGUUUCAGGCAUAUGGUUCACUUAAACAAGUGAGAGAUCCACAAUGCCAACUGGCCGGUGAAACUUGAACAUUACUGCAGUUUUUCGAUCAUGAAAAGAAAAUGAACCUCCUGCUCAGUCUUUCCUCAACGAGCGCGUUGUCUUGCCAUUCAAACUGACUGGCUCUCUGUUCUGUCUGUCUCGAGGGUCCAGCUGAGAGAAAAUGAGCCGAUCACACAGACAGAAUGGGAGCAAUUAGUGCAAAUACACACCCACAUACACACACUCUGACCAGUAACUCCAUGGGCAGCAAGCUGGGCGAAGAAACACAGAAAACAGAAUAGAGGACGACUUGUUCUUGAAUAGGGAGACUUUUCCCUUUUGAAAUGGGCAAAUGAAACAGUCAGCUUUUGAUCUGUGCUGUCUGAUGGAUAUUUUGGCAUCUGAAAAUGACACAAAUGAGGAUUGUUCUGCAAAACAACGUCCAACACGAUAGUUUGCCCUGUUUUUAUUUGUCUACCUCUUGGCAGAGAUUUGGAUUAUGUCAUCUGAUGAGCAAGAUUGGCUCUUCUUAUGAGGGGGUGGGUCUGAGGUUAGAUGUUUAUGUGGUUGUGCUAUUGCAGUGUGUAAGUUAUAUCUGUCAUAGUCUGUCCUCGAGACAACAAAACCAGCCCCCUCCUUAUCCAGUGUAACAUGUUUCUAGUGUUGGCUCCUUCACAAUAAGCCAGUGAAGCCUAUAAAUGUAGUCAUCUAAUCAUGGAGCUAUACCGUCCCUGAGCUGCACACUAAGUGUAAUGUAUGGCGUCACAUAUGGAAAGAGAGCGUAGAGAAAGACUUAGAUAGCCACAGGCACCACGACUGGUCUGGAAUGUAAAAUAUAAAACAUGAUUAGAGAGAGGGAGGAGUGACGAAGGGGAGAGGGAGAGUGGGAGAAGGCUGAAGUCAUGUUUAGGAUUAGGGUUGGAUGUGUGGGGGAGCUUAUGGUGCAAUUUUUCAGGGCUGUGGGAAACCAAAACUACCGUGCUUCCUACCACUCCGAGCUUGGCUGUGAGUGUUUGUUAGGGGUUGGUCUGAACCAGAAUUAAAAAACCAAAAGAGGAGAUUUAUUUGGGAUUUUGCAGGAUUCAAUUGAUGGUUGAAGUACCAAUCCUCUAACCGAAAGUGUUACUGUAAAGUCCCCUUUUUAUCUGACUGAAAAUAUUCACCUGCAUGGACUCUGUAGAAAAAAGUAUGAUCAAAUGCUGUCCUGUUAAACUUGAAUGCAUUAACUUUAAUUCUUGUGUGUUGCUGGGUUUUCAAAAGCAGCAGACCAGUGAUACUAGGUUAAUACCUUACAUGCAGAUUCAGGUCUAGUCUACACUGUGAUGUUUAGAAGAAAUACGUCUAACUAGGGCUGAGGGAGGGAGUGAAGUUUGGUGAAGUUGUCGCUGAAUAAAGAAUAAAAAAAAAAGGAAUUCUGUUUUAAGCCAGAAUCGUGCAGCCCUACUUCUAACAAUAGAUAGCUACUAAGGUCUGUCCUUUGUCCAGUGGGUCGGAACUACAGUCCACUCUAAAUAUCUCAGUUUUACACUUUUAGACCUUAGUUUUGUCCUUCUUUGUGGUUUAACUUCCUGAAAAACCUCUUAAUAAGCCAAAAGCUCGAUGCUCCAUAACAACAAAAGUUCAGGCACAUAAAACCUUGUCAGCCCUGCUCAAGACUGCUUCAUAUCCACCAAAUAUUCCUCUUUCCAUCUUGCAGUGAUUAAUGACGUGUGUGGGUGUUCUCACUCAGUGACUCUGGGAAGCCCCCUUUCACACAGCUGAUAAGGUUACUUCCUCUUUUAGCUCCAGCUGAGUGCAACCUAUGACCUCUAACCCCUUGCACCCAGGGGUCACUCGAGGUGUCGGGGAUAUCAACCAGACCCCACGACGCCUGUCUAUCAGGGUCUGUGAUUUAUCAGACUGUGACAGGCGUGUCUGUAACUGUGUGUGUGUGUGCACUUGCUUGUGUGCACGUGUCUGUGGUUGUGUGUGAGUAAGAAGGAUUGGAUUUAAAUCAGACACAUCUUAACUCGCUCACACACAGAUGUUCCAGUGAGGGUUCAAGUACACUGUAAGCAGCUUCAGCUUAUGAAUGCCUCUCUUUUUGCCCCCAAAUCCACAUAGCGUAUUAUAAGAGGGUCUUUCAAAAUACAAACUACCUCACUUGUCAGAUGAAGGAUUAUUUUUAGCCCAUAUACUAAUAGACCACUUUAGGUUCCUAAAUGCCCCUCUGUCCCGCCUGAAUUUUGUUUAGAUAAAGAGCAUGAUGAGGGGCCGCCAGAGUAAGCAAACACAUGGAUAUUUUUAACCCUCCGUGCUCAAACACUGAUGGUAGUGUAGUACCGUAUCAUACACAUACAAUAAAGUCCAUUCAUCAAUUUCUCUGUUGUUUUCAACUCUCAAGCUCGGUGGCUCCAGCAGACGACCAGUGUGUGGCACUUCAUCUCUAAAAACAGGGAGAAGAAUGUGGUGUGAGUGGGUGAGGCUGGAUGUGUAAAAAACAGGUGUUUUAGAGCCUUUAAAGUGUGGAAAACAAGAGGCUUAGCCUGUGAAGUGAGCCAUCACAUCUGGCCUCUGGAUUUGCACUGACAUGAAAUAAAGCUCAAGCAUGUGUGUGUGCGUCUUUUGUCGUGUGAAAGACGCACUUAUUCGGAGGAGAUCAGAUACUGUGAGGGUGAUAAAUACCCUCACCCAAUAACAGUCCUGUUAAACACUGCACUAUUGUCUGAUGUUAACCCUCCAGCUUUCACACAGGGACAAGGGUAGAGCCUCCUGGCCCAGAAUCAGAGCCUCUCUUCUGGGCAAGGGAAGUCUCUUUGAAGCGCUCUUUCCCUGAGUCUCUGAUCCAUCCACCCUGUCAUGAAUGAAGAGGCUGUUAAAGGAGGCAGGGCAGGUGUUUACUUGUGUGUGCGUGUGUGUGUAUCUAUGUGUGUGCAUGUAUGUGUGCUUGAGAAUAUGUGAGUGCAAGCCUGAACUUUUUCUGUCAGCUUACACAGCAGACUGCAGGAGCAAAGCUGAUCACGUCCAUAUGUCUGUCACACACUCUCUUGGCUGUAGACGAAACAAAUGAACACACCCAGACAAAUCAUUGUUAAGGAAUGCACUUUAAUCGGGGAAGAGAAAUAAGAAUAUGGCAAAGAAACUCUCAGGGUCUGAAAAACCUGGUGUCAGCAUGUUUUCUGCAGCUCUGUGAAAGGUGAACUAUCAAUUUCUGCUGAUAAUGCCAAUACCAAGUGUCUGAUAGAAACUUUGUCAAUGAACAUAGCACAGGUCGUAGUGUUUUAUCUAUGAAAGUGGAACAGUUUGAAGCUUUUCACAGAUGGCAUUCUUUUGACGAUGGGAGAAAACAUGAGAUAUUACCAGAGCAACAAAAACAAAAAGUCAAGUACGGCAGAAACAAGUUAGCAGUUCCAUUAGCUCCGCUUGGAUUACUUGAUUUGACAGCCUUGUUAUAAUACGUCAUUGUGCUGUGACUUAUAAAAUACCCUAAUUGAGAGUGGCAUCCUUGCUGGGAGAAGUUUCAAAAACUUUCAGCCCAACGAAAAAGUAGUUCCUGGGAGUUUCUGACCUUGUUAUGGCUGUUAGUCUAACAUCAUUGUGAGUGAUUGCCUGGCUAGGAAGAGAUGUAAUAGUUUUGAGAGAUAGUUUCGAGGAGCUGCCACAGACUCUGCGGUAAGUUUCAGCUGUGAUUUGUUGCCGGGAUUCCCACAUGACAUUUGCAGGGUCAACCUCAGAAAUGGAACCAGAAUGACCACAAGAGAAUGAAUCCCUUGUGCCACUUGUCUCCCCCUGCCUCACCCUCUUCACAGUCUCAGAUAUUCCUGUCUCCCCCACCCUCCCAAUAGCAACAUGACUCAUAUGCCUUCUGCCAAAGCUCCACUUCCCUGCACCACUCGUACCCCCUCCUCUUUGUCGUGUCCUCAGCCUCUUCAUGCCAGAGAAAAAUUAUUUAUAAAGUGCUGGAGCUGCUGGUACUCAUGAUGUUAGUGGUGGUGGUGGGGACAGGCUUUGGUUGGCUUGCAGACCUACAUCAAGCCUAAAUGACGCAGGCUGGGGUUCAGCGGUGAGGCAUGCAACUAGGGUGGGACUGUGGGAAGUACAGAGAGAAUGAUAGUUUGCAAAUAUACGCCACAGCUUAGAGAGAGCACUGCAACAUCAAUUAGAUUUAACUUAUCACCUCUGCUCACAACAGGUCUAUAUAUAUAGCUUUACUAAACAUAGAGCUUAUUCUGUCAAAGUACUGAGAAAACACCCUCAGACAAAUUCAGUAAGUGUCUGUGUGAAAAGGUGAAGUAGCAAAAAUGUGUAUCUUAUACUACUCACUAGGGGGGGAACACCAGUGGCCCCACUAUAUGAUAUUAUCACGAUACUUGGGCCACGAUAUGAUGUUAUCACGAUACUUGGGCCACGAUAUGAUAUUAUCACGAUACUUGGGCCACGAUAUGAUAUUAUCACGAUACUUGGGCCACGAUAUGACGUUAUCACGAUACUUGGGCCACGAUACAAUUUUAUCACAUUACUUGGGCCACAGUAUGAUGUUGUCAUGAUACUUGGGCCACGAUACGAUAUUAUUGCAAUUUUUUAACAUUUUGCAAUACAGUGCGUAUUGCAUUAUAGUAUGUUGCGAUUUAUACCAUUUUUUCAACUGUUUAGCUGAUUUAGAAUUUGUCUUUUCUUUAUGUUUAUCUUAUUUACUCAGUUUUUUAUUUAAUAAUAAUAAUAAUGCAUCAGAUUUUCAUAGCCCUUUAUCAGAGACCAUCAACAAGCUUUACAUUGGGUACAUCAUUUAUUUGCUCACACAGUCACACCUCGGUGGUGGUAAACUACCUUAGUAGUCACAGCUGCCCUGGGGCAGACUGACGGAAACGUGGCUGUCAGUUUGCACCUACAGCCUCUCCGACCACACAACACUCACUUUCAUACACCAGUGGAGGACACACUCUGGGAGCAAGGUGGGUUAAGUGUCUUGCCCAAGGACACAACAGACAGACUUGGAAUAGGGGGGAAUCGAACUACCAGUUCAUGUAGCACAUCUUGCAAACCUCACAUAUAUUUGUUGUCCUAAGUUGAUUUUAUUUUUCCAUUAUCAUAGAUUUGACUUCAUAUUAACAAUUAACUGAAAAAUCGAUACUUGGUAAAGAGACGAUAGGAUAUAUCACUAAACAAAAUAUUGUGAUACUGUAGUGUAUCAGAUUUUUCUCCCACCCCUACUACUUACCAAAUAUAGCCUUUUUAUCUGAAGAUGCUUUGCAAUGGCUUGACUGGCCUCUCAUGCUCAGGUUUUAUUUUGAGCCAUUUCAGGUUACUUAUGCAAAUAGAGAGAGCUUAAACACAGCAACAACGUCAAUGUGAUGCUUAUGAUGAGUCACACGAAAGGGAGUCGGAGUUACUCUGUUAAUCCACACAUCAUUGCUCACACACAGACAGACACACGGUCUCGCACACACCUGCCGGGUGCAGACACAUUUUGAUUCCUCCACACACCCUCCCCCACAGUAAUGAGACACAAUCUCUCAGAAAGAAAGACUCCCACACAUCAAGAGGCAGGAAUCUCUGACACAAGUGUGAAUAUAGCCUUUAAUCAAAGAGGUUUUUGCAUUACAUGUCACACAUACAGUAAACUUAAAUUUCAGUGGAACAAUAGAGAAGAAUGGAAGUUUGAAGAGGGAUUCACUCUCACAUUAGUGUGUAAACAUGUUUAAUCUCCAGUUUCUUAAGUGUCAUUUCAGGUAAUAAUUAAGAAUGAUUUACAACCUGCACAAGCAGAGCUCUCAUCAUAAUUACCAAAAUACCUGGAGUGCCACAUCAAAGACACUGAAUAUAUUUUAUAUGCUCAGGCUGAGUGAGUUUAUGUUGGCGCUUGUGUGAGAGGGACUUGUUGUUGCUUGUGUACAUUUCGGUCCUCUGACGUGCGUGUAAUUUGUAGCAGCGUCGCUCUGCUAGAGGCAGCCGUUUCCAUUGUAUUCAACCCAGGAGUCAGCACAUAUCAUACAAGUCAGGUGGUGCAGAGAAAGUAGGCGAGAGAGGAGGGGUAGAGAGAGAGAGAGAUGGAGUUACACUUUUUUAAUAUGAUUUUGGAUUCCCUUUGGCAGCAUGGUAUUGCUGGAGUCAGGAAAGCUUUCAUUCUCAACAUGUUUUUGGUCAAGAAGCAAAGAUCUGGGCUGACUCUGUAUUUGCUAUCUCAGAUUUUAUUAAGUUUACAUGCCCUCCAUUUACCUGUAAUUUUUCUUUUCAAAUCCGAGAGUUUAUCAAACUUUACCUUUUAAUAAUUGCUGUGUGUGUUGAUACAUAAUUCACCAUAUGCUACAGAUUAAUGAAAAAGCUUCUAGCAAAAACUUAGGGGUACAAAAUAAACAAAUCCUGUUUACAAGUUUCGACAGAUCUCUCAAGUUGUGCUGCCAAAUUCCAUCACUGCGCAAACAACUCACGGCAACACUUUGUUUAUACAGACCAUAAUUUUGUAUAAGCCGGUCUAUUCUGUUUCCCCUGCUUGUUUACAAAACAGCGCUGAUAUAUCAGCUGCUGGUUCUAUUAGAUUAAAAUGUAUCCCCCAUUAUACUCUGUGUCCAUAAUUUGUUUUCACCUAAUAAUGAAUUAUUUCCGUGUCAGUGGCUGGUCUGAAAAGGAUGCAUGUUUAACAAUCCAGUGCACAUCUCUGCCUAACAUAAUGCAGCAAAAUAAUAACAUAGCAUAUAUCCAAACGUUACCUUCAUUUCAAGGACACCUCCUUAUGGGGAGCACAAUGGAUGUUCACAGUAAGACCAUUUAAUUUACAUCCAGAAAAAGUGUUAAAGAAAUGCUUUUUAGUUUUACUUCUAUUAAAGGAAAACCCUAGCACCUCCACCCUGCUCGCUUGAUUGAGUUGGUUAUUUUCAAAGUUUAAUCUCCUCCUGUGCCACAGGAUGCUUUCAGACUCCAGAGUAACAUGAUGGGGUUUUUAAAAUUUUAAUCACACAUCAGUGGUUUUAUUUUCAACAUCCGUCCUUGAUUCCAAUGAGAAGACAGUUCUUGCCGGAAGCACAUGGGAAUGUCAUUUCAGGGAUGGUAGCCCGUAUUUUUCCUGUUUGGAAAGGAGGGAGUGUUUUAGAUUGAAGAAGCCUUCUUUUCCCUCAAGCUUCGUAAAUAAAUCUCAAACUUGCACUGAUCAUCUUUUCUCUCUCCAUUUCUCUGGUCAAUCAACUCCCACACAUUUCCUCUGGUUAGGCAGAAAUCCACCUCUGAUUCCGAGGCUAAAAUAAAAGUUAGAUCUUGGGGAGCUGCCUAUUUUCACAAAGAUCAAUCAGCCAAACAGUAGCUAACAGCACACUCUGGAGCCAUAUGUAAUCAUGUAAAAAACCUACAGUAAGUUGAUGACAGUGGGAGUACUGUGGAAAAUAUCAAUCUGAGAUCUAAACUUCUGUGAUUACAACUUUUGUCCAUUUUAGCUGGAAAACAACAAACACGAGGAGGUUUAAGAGAUGACAUCGCUUGGUAUUUAUAAGUAGGAUGUUAUCCUCUUGUUGGCAAUUAGUCUGACAGCCGGCUGUCAUUUAGAUAAAAAGAGCAAAACUGGUGUUAGAUUUGUCAGUUAUCUCACUGCCCGAACAGAGGUGACUGAGUUUGUUUUGACAGAUCGUGUGUUUUUUUUUAUUUUCAAAAAGACAUACCUCCUGUUUUAGAGCACAGUACUCUCCUUCACAUCACAGUUUCGUCCAGUAGAGAUGUCUGGGCUGGACUUACUGGCUCUCCUGAGGGUCCAUUCAGAGAGGAAAUACCACACGUGUUCAGGACUGUUACACAACGAGACACAACAGGAUGAUAGUAGUUUGAGAACCAUGUAGAAAAAAAAAAGUUACUGAAUCUGAUAUCAAACAUAACACUUAAUCACCAAAGAGUGUUGCUGAUGGCUGUUUCAUCUCAUUAGCUCUCAGUAUUUAUCCUAAAAUUUGUCUUGAAGAGCCGAGACGUACAACCCUGUUUGUGUCAGUGAACAAGUGAAUGGACAGAUUUUUUUUUUGUAGCCAGCGUGACGAACAUGCAUGAAAGUGUGGGUGUGGGUGUGUCGUAAACACCUCCAACUAAAAGGGACUUAAAUAAUAGAAAGUAAUUGAGUUCCUAAUUUUGUCUUGACAAUAUUUUUCUGUUUGUUUCCUGAUGCCAUGUGUGUUUGUUUUGUUUGUAUUAGCCCGAUGUCACUGCGCGCUCUGUUUAUUUUCCUGAACGUGUUGAGAGUAAGACUCGUGUUCCCUUGUGUGUUUGUUUGCCCUUAGCGGUGUGGGUUACAUGUUACCAGAAUUACAAAUACGCUAUGUAAAUAGCACCAGCAGUUGUUUUGGGAUUUCCGUGGACAGAGUGUGUGGAUGGAUGGUUGCAGAAAUCAAAGGAGGCUUUCCUGCCUACAGACUUGUCAUAUUAAUCAUCAGUACGAUUCUCUCUUUUUCUGUGUCUCUGUAGGUGUUUUGUCUCUUCCGGCCCAUUUCAGUCCCUACACAGAGAACCAGCAGACGACUGUGGACAGCAGGGAGGAUGCCUAUGCCCAGCUGGAGCUGAGGACACUGGAACAGUCCCUGCUGGCUACCUGUGUGGGCAGCAUAUCUGAGCUCAGUGAGUACAUAAAGUCCUGACAGAGUAGUGUCUGGUCCUGCAUCUUUUAAUGUAUACAAAAAUGUGUUUUUUAUUAACAUAGUUUAUUUAAUCUAUUAAGAUUUUAUGAGAUCUUUUAGCAAUCACAAACAAUCUAAAAUAAGGGGGAAAAAAAUCGUGUCAUUACAGACAAGCUAUCCUUUAAAAGUUUUAUCAAAUAACUAUCAAUUCAUCCACUGCCAUUCAAACACACAUCUGGAGAUAACUUCACAGCUCUAGAUGACAGAGUACCUCCCCCCCUGCAAAAUAAGGCUCUUUUUUCACAGCCUAGUGUCAGGCAAAGAUAAUAGAGUUAUUUUUACCGCAUGCUGUCUGAUAAGUCCUGACUUGCACCUUAUUGUGAAAGCUUUCGUAUUUAGACUCUCCUAAAAUAAGCAGUUGGGUAGUUCAUCUACACAUGAGGCCCUGGGGAGUUAAGUGAUAAUAACUAUAUACAGUCCUCUGUUUCUUUAAAGGACAUAAAGAGUCCAGACUCAUCCUAACCUCCCUUUAUAGUCACAUAUGUAUGAUGAAAGACACAUGCUGCUUUAGUUUGACAUUUUGUUCUGUUUUAGUGCACCAGAGAGGGUUUAUGCUGUGUUCAACAGGAGAUUCAAACACAAGUCUUUUCCACAGCCAGUUCAGGAACUUUGUCUACAUUUGGUCAGGUUAGAGAUUCAUGAAUCUAGACAGUCAAAGUGUAAGAGGUGAGACCCUCCCUGGGACUAUUUUUUUUCCACUCCACCACCACGGUUUGAAAGGUGGGAUAGAUUUCUUGAAAUACUGCCAGUUUUAAAUGUCCCUGUCUGUGGACUGAGGCUGGCAAACAGAGAGGCAUGCACAGACUCGUGUACACAGACCUACUGUAGUCUACUGUACAUAUGGUUUGUUUAAACUGGGGCACCGUAAGAACAGGUCAUUAAAAAGUGAGAAAAAGGGGAGUGGAGGUCCGGGGGUUGGAAAAGUGGGGGAUUAAAUUUAAAGAUGAAGUAUGUUGAAGUUAAAGCAAGGUUGGGUUGUGCGAAGGUUUGGUGGGGGGAGGGUUGCUGGAAAGGUAGAGAGGUGAAGAGUGAGGUCGUAAGUGUGAGCAGAGAGCAGGGAUGGAGAUUAGUGUUUGUGAGGGCCAGAGUAGGUUUCCUUCUCCAAAUGAGCUAACACUCUGCCAUUUGUUCGUCCAGCACAAGGCCACGUUCAUCCACCACACCGCCGUUAGUGAGGCAUUAAGAAAGUGUACACACAGGCUCCAACACAGACACACUCUUUCUCUCUCGCUCAGUGGUCUCUUUGUGCCACAUCUCUCUGGUGGUGUGAAGCCGGGCCGGGCUGGCAUCCUUCAGAGUCACUCAAGCCUACAGACACGCACACAUAUACACACGCAGGCAUGUGUUCACAGAUACACACACAACAACAAAAACUCAGAGGACUUGGCACUCUGAUCUGAGCCCAAGAGACCGGGCAGACAUAGGAGCAUCUGUACUCAGCUGCUCAGGCCUGCUGGAUCUCUAGACUGGACUUGGCCAGACACACCAACACACAGCAUACAUAAACAUGAUGGAGAGCGAGUGGCAGCAUACUGGUCAUUUCAGCUAAAUGUCCAAAAUUGUUGGAAAUAUUGUGGGAGCAGCAAACUGGUACUGAAUGUCGUCUCCAGACAGAUUCGACGGUUUAAUUUUUCAGCUCUUUGGAGGUCUUCAUGGGCUCUGAGAACUUUUAUCCAUUACAGCUGUGUAUGUGACCUUCCUAUAAUUCAGGGAAAUAUUAAGGAUAAGCUUUGUGGAAAAGACUAAAACCAGUUAGCAACUGGGGUCAAAGGAAAUCCUGAUAAAACACGAGUAAACAUGUUUGAAUCCUAACUGAACUGGACUUUAUUCUCUGAGGGAGUUUAUUAUCUCAUAACUCGAAACCUAGGAGGUAUGCUUGGUCAGUAUGCAUUCAGAAAGCAGUCAUGUCACAGUUUAUUGGCGAGGUCUCCAAUAUGGGCUGUAAUCCAAGAAUGAAGUAUUUCAUAUCCUUUUAACCCCUGGAGCUCACUCUUAGCUGGGGGGCACAAUAUAGGCUGAGAAAGCCAGAGAGGGGCUCUCCAUCUUCGGCUAGAAUUCCUGGGAGACCUCCUGAAGGGGUUUGCUAGUAGUGGUUAACACAAAGGAGGCCCUUCAGCUUGAAGUGGGGUCUGUUUUCUGGUGGGGGGCACCUCACUAUUACCCCCCUCGAAGUACCCCCCUAAUAUAGACCUUCACAUACACACUCUCAAGGCAGAAGCCCAAAGCCUCGCCCCCCUCUUGCGGCAUCCUUCUCACAGUAAUCUGGUUAGAAAUUAACCCGGGGGUAAUUACGCUAAAUGAGCGUUACAUGAUCUCAAGUUCAACCUGGCCUGCUUCCAUCAUUCUGCCCCUCCUCCACAUCCUCUCCUUGUGACAACUGAUGUUUUGUCUCUCCACUAGACCAAGUGGUCAAGCACUUGGAUGUUAUCUUACACAUUUGAGCCUUUGCGGCCCCUCACCCUUCUUUUUGGGUACCCGGCUUCACGUGGUUGUUCACUUAGCUCACAGUGUGGGUGGACAAAUACUCCGAUGAGCUUCAUGUUUUUCUGUCUUUUUCUUAGUGACAGUUGAGACAAAUUCAGACUCUUAAUCACAGAUCGAAACCUCGGUUUUUUUUAUCACGUCCAACACCCACAAAUCCACCUUUUCAAGCUGAGUGCUGUGAUUGAAAUCUGUCAAUACAGAGACGGUUGAACGGUUCGUUAGAGCCUGUGAUCAACUGUCUCUUCGCCCAUUAACUCCUUCAGUGGUUAGAGAUGAAUGGCUGUUUAGACUGGCCGUCUGGCUGUGCUCACUGGUAAUGACACACGGCUAAUGGCAAAUACCUCCAGAGACAUAAAGAAAGAGAAUAAUGAGUAAAGGGAAGUUAGAGGUAAGUGGUUUUGGUAAAAGGGGAAAUCCAGUUUGAUUAGGGGCCAACAGUGUUUAAAACGAGCACUAAGAACUCUGGUUGGAGUUUUUUUUUUCUGUUGAGCCAAUUUUCCAUUCCACUGAUGCGAUACUGCGUUCAGACUUAAGUAAAUGAAAUGAACAAAUUUUGACAAGUAUCCAUUGAAAAUCUUGGUCUGAUCUCUCUGCCCUCUCCUUCGUUCCAGGUGACUUGGUUUCCCGCGCCAUGCACCACAUGCAGCGCCUCAGCUCAGUGCGUCCAGGACUAAGCCCUGCCCGCCACGCCCGUCCCCAGCAGCCCGUGUCCUGGUCGCCGGACGCCCUCCACACCCUUUACUACUUCCUGCGCUGCCCGCAGAUGGAGUCCAUGGAGAAUCCAAACUUGGAUCCCCCACGUAUGGCACUUAGCAAGGAGAGGUGGGAGUCUUUUCUUUUCCCUCUAAACUACAUCAUAAACAGUGAUACUUUCUCCACAUUGUUGAUAUACAGGUUGUUGUUUUUUAUUAAUCCACUCAUAAAACACUGAUUUCAGUAAAGGUCAGCAUCCCUGUGCUUUAUUUGAUUAAAUGCAUCUGUUAAUUUUAACAGUUAAACUUGGUGUAUUAUGUUGACUGGGGGGUGAUAGCUUCAACCCCAACUGUCACAAAUACAAAAACAUCCACAGAUUAACAAAGAGGCACUAAUCAAGUCAGCAGCUUUUUUCCCAGAACACCUUUCUUCCUCAGUCAUCCAACUCUAACCCUGUUGUCAUUGAAGGGAUCAUUUUCUGUAGGUAAAUGACAGGUAUGCAAAAGACUUCAGGUGCUAAUGCUAGUCUCACAGACGGGUAAUUUGCACCUUGGUAGCAUUAAAUAGAUUGAAGACUGCUGGUUAGGGAGGGUUUAAGAGGUGCUAAUGGUCUGUAAUUCUGUUAGGGGUCUCUUUAGAUCCACCCUGGGUUGCUGCUGGAGAACAAUUACAGUAAUUCUUUUAUUUAUUUUCAGUCCAGAGACAAAUGGUGAAUUAUUUUUACUGCCUGAAUGUACUGUGAGGUAUAUUUUCAUUCUAAGUGGAAUAUACCUGACCGUUUUAAUAUUCUGCUGAUUAGUUUACUAGAGGAAAAUACUUUUUAUUUGAUUGUGUUUCCAUAGAAAACAGCCGUAAACCUGAACGCAGUGCUGUCUCCUCUCUUUCGAGGUGAAUUGAUAAAACCUGUUUAGCAUCACUUUGCAUGACUCUCAGGUCCGUAAGAGUCAUUUUCUACAGUUAAAAAUAAUGUGCAAACACUUCAAGUGACACAAACUUUCAGUUUUAAUGUAGGAAAAAAAAAACAUGUUAAACACAGACACAUGUUAACCAAAUCACAGGUUCACUCGAGUAGACAUAUGUAAAACAGGUCCAUAGAAAGGGCUUUUGUGUUUGCAAAGGUUAACUACACUUCCUUCACUGAUCCGUGGAGGCCCGUCCCCUAAAGUGUACAAAUUGGAGGCAGCUUUACCUAUAGUGUGUGUGUGUGUUCACUUUAUAUUGUUAGUGUGAUUCUUUGUGUGUUUGUUUUUCCUAGUUAAUGUGCUAACCCCAAGAAACUCACAUUUUUGUCAUCCUAUGGCAGUGUGAAGGUGAGGGAAUGAAAAACAUGGUGCGUGGAUUUUGACCCAUUUUGCCAUGAACUUGAGCACAUUUACAUCUCCGUAGACAGAUGCUCAGACACACCGCCAGCUGGCUCCUAUAUAUUUAAUAGCAAACAGACAUGGUGUGAGCGAGCAAAGGUGGGCUUCUCAUUAGCUUCAAAGAGAAGUGAACAGUAAAUAUAUAUAUACCCCUCUUCUCCCUGUUUCUGGCUGUUUUUUGUCCAACUCCUCAGAUGUUUUUGAUGCUGGGUGUAAAUCAGCCGGGUUUAUGAGCGCAGGGUGAAAUGUUUCAGCAACCUAAGAUACAGAUUACUUCUAAACAUGUGUGACUUUAUAUUUUCCUGUCUGUUGCCUAUAUACGUGUCUCUGCGUAUGACUGUGUGCGUUGUGUGACAGACUCAGGUGGCAGAAUAAAGUUGUCCAAACCUGGUAGUGAUUACAAUGUGAGCGCCUGGUAACCAUAUAGACUUCUCUCCUUCAAUGGGCCUCUCAUUCUCUGGAGCUCACCCUCUAUUGAAAGCUUUAUAAAAGUCUUUGGUGGAAACCCAAAACCACCAAAUCUGUGUGGGCCACAUCAUUAAAAAUUAUCAGAAGCCUGGCUCGAGCCUUCAUCCAGAAUCCUCAGGACGCAGAGAGACACUGUUUUUGUUUUGAUCUUUUCAAUUUGGUACUCAGAUGUAGUCCUUACUGAUUAUGUUGUAUUAAAUGGGACACACACUAGAGACUACUUAUUUUUGCCUUUACUUCCCACUCUUAAGCCCAAAACGUAUCAAAAUACAACAUUUCUGGGAGCUGAAAGCUAUUAACAGAUCACUUCACUGAUAGAAUCACUUACCACCAAAAGGGAUAACUUCCAAACUGGAAGCUGAAGAGACCACCCCAAAACCUCUGCACUCCCCAGUGGAUGGAAAGGAGCACUAAUGGAUAGAUGUGUUACAAAGAUAAGAAGCAGCCAUUUGGGCUCAAUUCUAACCACAAAUACAUCUGAUACGGUAACAUCCCCUUUAUGGAGCCUUUGUGAGCGUAAUCUGACUCCAGAUCAGUGGUUAACCCUGACCUUUGCAGCACAUGACGAAGUCUGCUUUAAGACCUCAUUGAAGUUUUUUAACUAUAUGAACUCAAUCACAGUGACUUCAGGGUUUAGGACUCAACAGACAUAUGGAACCAGUGUGAUGUUGCCCCCUGGGAAGUCUCUCCUCUUUUCGUGGGAGAGUUCAAACACACCUGACUAUUAGUAGAGCAGACCAGCCAGGUGGUGGUGAGAGAGGUGUCAUGAAUCAGAUUCUACAUUUAUAUUUGUGUCUGUGUGGGAACAUGUGUGGGAGAGUUUGUGUUUGUGUGUCCUCGUGUGUCAACAUCCUGCUGUUCUCAGUGUGUAGCCCUAGCAUGUUGGGGUCAGCGGGCCGGACAGGGGCGCUAUCUAGUUUCAGCGUUAACAAGCGUCUCAGCUUUGAUGUCACACCAACCCUCUGAGGUGGGUGAAGUUUGUGUUUCAGGCUGAGGGGCAUAACCUAGACACCGGGGUCAGAUGAGAGGGGUACCGGGGAGCAGUAAAGAAAGAGGGUGACAGUUUUCUAGAAAACAAGAAGCAAUGAAUUGUGGGAUAAAGGCCAGAGCUCUAUGCUCCAUCUGUCUAGAGUCAUGGGCCACUUGCAAAGGUGUGUACACACACACAUGGGCUGAGUUGACUUGUGGUUGUAUAUCUGUUCACGCCUCAUUCAGACACGCACAUACACACAACCUUAAAUGUUAACUGAGAUAAAAACUGUCCUCAUUUCUCCCCUGAAAGGAUGUUUUUACUUUGGCAUUUAUUAACAACAUGAUUAUCUCACUUCUAAAUGAUAGGCUGUGAAAUGCGGAUCGAUACAGAAUAUUUCUCAGAUGGAUCAAUAACUGUUAAGUGUGAAAAGCCUGAUAUGGUUGUUUGGAGUUGCAUUAGUUCUGGAUUAGUCACAGUGUCAUGUGUAUGCCUGGAAGCAAGCAGGCGGUGAAGUAUCAAAGUGUUUGAGAGUACAGAGCAGACACACAGAUGAACAAACAGGCUCACAAACAGUCCAGUUUGGGUGGAGUGGAGCCCCUUAAGAGAAAAACAUUGAUUUCAAAGCCCCUCCUCAACUCAACCUGCCUUUCUUAUCACUCUACACCCGCAGCACUGUCUCCAAACUGCUUCCCACCCCCGUCUUUAUAAAGACAUAUCCCACCUGGCUCCCGAACACUUAAACCCUCCUAAUAUGCAUCCAUCAGACUCAUUUAGCCACUCCUGCUCCUCCUCCUUCCCAUCAGCCCCUCGUCUGCUUGUUAACCGUCACAGCUGGGUGACAGCAGGGUCCUCCUCCUGACUGAUCAGAGGCAGAUAAACAGCUUAAAUACUUUACUGAGAGGCUGAGAGAUAAAAUGGAGAGAAAGCUAGGAGAGCAGGGUAUCUGAAGGACUCCACUCGGGCGACGAUUUAACGCCACAGUAAAGUCAGAGCAGAAAUUAAAUGCCAACUCUGUUUUAAAAUGUUUAAAACCUUUCCAAAAGAUAAGGCAAUAAAGAGGCUGAAAGUUCUGUUAGAAUUUAGUUACGAGAAAAUACAGAUAUGUAAUGGUCAAUAAAAUUUUAAAAGUCAACCAAUUACGAAUAGUUCAAACUAUAAAAAAUGGACUGAAGGUUUAUUAUUGAGCACAUCUGGUUCAGUAACCUUGAUGAAAUAUUAUGCUUGGAAAAACGUUGUAAAAUCAAGUACGUUUCACAUGGAGCGAGGGAUGAAAAAGGCUAACAGUUAUUAAAUUAAACUACCAGAUAAAGUGGUGAAAGUGCACUAAGUACUGAGUACGAUAAAGCGUUGUUAUGGAGAAUGAGACGUUCUAUAGGAAACCACAGGUAGCUGCUUUAGCGUAGCGAGUGAGAGGAAUAAAUAGCACUGCAGGGGUCUCAGUGCUCAUUAACAGUAACCGCAUUCACACUACAGAGCUAUAUCAUUAGACACUGCUCCAUGCUCCAUCUGUAUUCAUGAUAUCCAUUCAAGCAUUUGCAACUCUCAGAACAAAGGGAAGGCCACUGAUAAGAGUAAUAUCCCAGCAGGAGAGAGGCGGCUCAGAAACUUUGAUUAGAGAGUCAGAACAAUCAUUAACACGCUUUGAAUUGAGCUCCAUAGGAACAAAGCAAACAACGGUAAUGUGUUAUUGUUUACAGGCACAUUCAAUACACAUGUGGUGAGAGAAAGGCACAUACAAGAAAGGAUUAUCAACAGAUAACCAGGCAGACAUGGCGUUGCAGAGAGCCGUAUAAUCAGCAAUGAUUUUUAGAGGGUUUUAUAAGGAUGCUUUAAAGGAGGGGGACAAUGAGGAGACAGAAAAAGAGAGCGAGGGAAUAAUCCUGAUGACUUUUCGAAUGCCACGUUCACAAAUACCACAGAAGACCUAACGUUCUGCUCUCAGUUCGUCCUCCACUGAUGUUUACCCGACUGCCUCUCAUGACAUUUUUUCUUGUUCUCUCAGGCUAUUUUAAUCCUUUUUCACAUUCUGACUUGUUUUUAUGGCUGUUUGAUCAGAGUGAGUGUCUAAACAGAAAGCCAGGGAGGGUGCUGCACCUUCUUUCUGCUCCCUGAGGUGGUUUAUUCUGCUACAACUGGUUUAAAAAUAGACUGAAUAAUCAGAAGCCACUGCAGUGUUUUGUUUAUCAAACUGCAGCACAGAUGAAGUCACAGUAAUGUCUUCAUCUCCAGUCACUUAGAAACUGAUGUCUAACCGCAGCACCUGGAAACUUACAUAGAAACUCUGGUUAGUCAUAUAGAUGUCUUCACCUGCGUGAACAUACAGGUGUGAGGACUUCAAAGGAAGAUGUAUAUGGUGUGUAAAAGCUGGCAAAUGUGUGUGAUAAGAAGAGGUGAGGUGCUCUGGACAGGGUGCAUGAGUGUGUUCAGAUGUGACUCACAUACACUGGUCAGGCUGAGGGGGAAGUACAGCCAGACAUAUGUAAGUCAUCUGGUUGAAGACGGUUUAUGAGUUCUCUAUCAGCAUGACUACAUCACGGGUGAGGAAACCUCCCACUCAGCGCUGAGAUCAGUGUCCUGCACAAAGUUCACUGGGGAGGAAACAGACUGUAAAAAACUAACACAACUUAGUGUUUACAGUAGCAGCUGAUUUUUAAAAUACAUUCAGUUGGGAUUUUUUUGUGUAAAACUCUGCCGAACAUACUGAGGGACAAUUAGAUUGAUCAUUCUCUUUCCCCCCUACAGGCCGUUCCUGUUGCUACCACCUCUGAUGGAGUGGAUGAGAGUGGCCAUAGUUCACGCUGAGCAUCGCAAGAGUCUGCUGGUGGACAGUGAUGACGUCAGACAGACCGCCAGGCUGCUCCUUCCAGGACUGGACUGUGAACCAAGACAGCUCAAGUAAAAAGAAAACACACACGUGCUUAGACACGUUCCCUCUAACCUCAACACUGUAGGCGUCUAAUUUAAUUGGUUCACCUCUACAUAAAUAAUUACACAGUGUCUAUAGGAGAUGAUUGUUUGUGUACUAACUGUAAUGUGGCUCAUUAGCCUCCUUAUAAAGGAAACAAACAAAUGUUCAGAAUAAGAACACAACACUUAUCUAAACAAGUGUGGCUCUGAGUCUCACGCUUGCCCAAGUGGAGAAUACAGGGGUGUCUUCUCACAUGUAGCUACUUUCCCUGAAGGUGGAUUAUUCAUUUGUUAAUCAUCCUCUUUCUUUGUGUGUCUCUCUACAUCAGGCCUGAGUGUUGCUUCAGCUCCUUCAAGCGUCUGGACUCCAAAGCAGCCACAGACAAGUUCCACCUUGACUUGGGUUUUCGGAUGCUCAACUGUGGACGCACAGAUCUCAUUGGCCAAGCUAUCGACCUUCUUGGGCCAGACGGGGUCAACAGCAUGGAUGACCAGGUACUCAACAUAAGUCUCUCUGUGUGUAUGAGAGUGUAUUUUAUGCAUUUUUUAUGCAUUAUGAGAUACAUUUUUCUCACAUUUGUGUUCAUUGAACUUCUCAGGGGAUGACUCCUCUAAUGUACGCCUGUGCGGCUGGAGAUGAGGCUUUAGUCCAGAUGUUGAUUGAUGCUGGGGCCAACCUUGAUGUGGCGGUAAAUAUCCUUCAAUAGCUUCAAUAUGCGAACAUACUUACUCAAAUCUGCAGGUCAAGUUAUCUGCUGCAUAGACACAGAGGAGGUGAAGAUAUUGAUAUUAUUUCCAGUGUUAUCUGAGAUGUUUAUUUUUGCACAUUUAACACUGAUUCCUUCUGUCUUGGCAGGUUCCUCCAUGCUCCCCAAAGCACCCCUCUGUGCACCCUGACAGCCGACACUGGGCUGCCCUCACCUUUGCUGUGCUGCACGGACACAUCUCUGUUGUGCAGGUGAGAAACACAAAAGCACACACGUGGAGCCCACAAUGAACACAGCUGGUUCGACACAGUCCUAAGCCAGAAUAUUUCUCCAUCAAAAGUUGGGUGACAUGUGUGAGGUCAGAGGUCAGGCUAUGAAUGAGUUACAGGGUGUCAAACACAGAGCAGUAUUCUAACAUAUGUGGUUCGUAUUCACAGCUCCUGUUGGAUGCAGGAGCCAACGUGGAGGGAGCAGCAGUCCGCAAUGGGCAGGAGAGCACGGCAGACACCCCGCUGCAGCUGGCUUCAGCAGCAGGUGGGCAAACACAUGCACACACAUUAAAACACACAUACACAAACACGGCACUACACCGCAAUGUAAAACAAGACACAGCUCAUACUAGAGGGUUGUCCUACACGUGUUCAUGCCCUGAUCUGAUUUAUGUGACUGAAUUACUGCCUACUGCAAAGUCAUUUAAGAAGGAAGUUUGUCACGGGUCAAACAAAACAAAGAGAUGAACUGCUGUUGAAACUUGAUGAAAAUUAACCCGUGAUAACAAUUGGUCACAAUUACAGCAGUGUACCACAGCUCUGAAGGACCACCAAGUGUAGCACAGGAUUGAGUUGUGAAUGGCACAUUGGCUGGAGGAAUGAGGAAAUGAGAGGGUAAACGAAGGCACAGUGAAAGCGGUGGAGUGCUGCCUGUGGUUGUUUAGAAGCCUCUGGGCAGCAUUCCUCUGCGGGAUCAUCUAAAAGCCACACAUAGCUGUAGUAGAGAGACAGAUGCUGUGCACAGCAGCCAUGAGUUUGUAAAUAGUGCCUGAUAUGAAUGUGUUUGCUCGUUUGACCAAAGUCAAAGUCAUAAAAGUCAUAAAACUAAAUUUGUCUCUGUUGUAAAACCUAUUCUUUGCAGCAGUAUGCAAUAGAGAGAAAAAAGUAGACAUUACAGAAUACCACACUGAUUAAUUUUAAAACAGGAAUUAAAAACACUCAAAAUAAAAUAUUUUAAGAUGUAAACAGCAGUCCUAACAAUUCAAAAUUACUACCAGGAAAACUAGCCAACAAACAAACAAAUUAACCAUCUAGCUAACAAACAAACGAGUUAACUAACGAACCAACUAGCUAACAAACUAACUAAAUAACUAGCUAACAAUCAAACAAACAAGUAAACUAACUAAAUAACUAGCUAACAAACAAGUUAACUAACUAACAAGCUAACUAACUAACUUACUAACUAACUAACUAACUAUCAAACAAACAAGUUAGCUAACUAACUAGCUAACAAACAAAGAAACUAGCUAACUUACUAGCUAACAAACAAAGAAACUAGCUAACUAACUAGCUAACAAACAAACUAGCUUACAAACAAAUAAACAAACUAGCUAGUUAACUAGUUAACUAACUAACUAGCUGUGUGGUUGUGCAGACAGUAAAGAUAUUAAGUGUGUAGCUUGUUAACAUUUCUCCUGUCAAUCUCUGAGAUCUGUAUCUGUGUGUGUAAUGGACGGUUUUUGUGCUUCUCAGGGAACUAUGAGAUGGUGAGUUUGCUCCUGGCUCGUGGCGCAGACCCCUUAUCAAAGACCCAUGACGGAAAUGCCCUGACCUCAUCACUAUAUGAAGACAUGAACUGCUUCAGUCAUGCAGCUGCACACGGACACAGGUAUGUGGCUCACUCUGACCUGAAGACAGCAUGCUGUCAACAGAUGCUGCUGACAAACGGCCUGCGUUUGGCCUCUGAACCACAGUGAGGAAAGAAAGGCUGGAGAAAUAUCACCAGCUCUCUAUCAGUGGAGACCUGAGUCUGUACUUAAGCUUUUAGGAGAGAUUUAUCCCUCUAUCAUGCGCUGAAAUUGAGGACCUUGAGAGUGUAAAAGGGUCUCCUUCUAUUCAAAGUCCGUCUGUCUUUGAACACCAACUGGCAGCGUAAACCUCUCCACCUGUUCACUGUGUGGAUGUGUGAACACAAUGUAGACUCAACACUUCACAUUCCCCAGUGAGAGUGACAGAUUAUGUAAUCAGAGAGGAGGAUACAGGGUCACAGAAAUGGAUGUCGGUGUUGCAGUGAGGACAUUAUUCAUGUCUCUUUCUUUCUUCCUUCCCUUCCUCCCUUGUCCUCCUCCUUGCCUCCCUCCUUCCUCUCAUUUAUCUUGUCAGAAACGUGCUGAGAAAGCUACUGACUCAGCCCCAGCAAGUCAAAGAGGAUGUCCUGUCUCUGGAGGAGAUCUUGGCUGAAGGGGUUGAGGCUGAGGAGGCCAGGAUCUGCCCUUUCCUCCCUCUCUCCCCCCUUCCCACCCCCUCCUCUGGCCCCGGGGCCCAGCCUGAGGUGGCUAUAGGACGGCUCUGCAAGGCCAGGAUGAAGGCUCUGCAAGAGGCCAGCUACUACAGCGCUGAGCACGGCUACCUGGACGUCACCAUGGAGCUGAGAGCUUUAGGUACUUAUCAGACAGCUAAAAAAGGGGAUUCACUUAUUUAUUUAUUUUUAAAUGUGCAACUUUAAAUACCAACUAACUCUGUUCCUCUUUUACUAGGUGUCCCAUGGAAGCUUCACGUGUGGCUGGAGUCUCUAAGGUGCGCUCAGCUGCAGUCCAGGACAGGGGUCACACUCUCGCUCCUCAGGGAGUUCACCACCAUCAGAGAAGAGGACUACUGCGGGGAGCUGGUCACUGUAGGCCUGCCCCUCAUGUUCAACACCUUACGGACCACUAAGGUAUUAUUAAACAUCAAAUUUGUUCCCUUGUCUUCCUCCUCAUGUUAUCAGCGAGUCUUCAGUCUGGAAGUGUGAAAUGACGCCCCCUCUUCUGCUCUCUUACUUCCCUCCAGAAUGACACCAUCAUUCAGCAGUUGGCGACUAUUUUUAGCCACUGUUUUGGCCCGGCACCUCUCCCAGCAGUCCCUGAUAAGAAGACAACUCUUUCAGCACAGUUGGGUAAGCAAAUGAUGGCUCUGACACAUGAAAAGUUCUAUGUUUAGUGGUGAUGACGAGGAUGGUUUAAUAAUAACACGUAAUGAUCAUUUUAAAAUACACACACAACCAAUGUCUUUUUUUGUGAGCAGGCGUGUAGACUUAAAGGGAUAAAGUUGUAAUGAGGUGCGUCUAUGUUUUCCUACAGAUCCACAUUUCCUCAAUAACCAGGAAAUGUCCGAUGUGACAUUCGUGGUGGAGGGGAAACCGUUCUACGGCCACAGAGUCCUGCUGAUCACAGCUUCAGACAGGUGAACGCACACAGGAUCACAGAAACAUCCUCUACAGCCCGCUCAAUGACUUCAAGGGUUUUUACUGAGAUAUUUAUUUGCUUGUAGAUUCAAGUCUUUGCUGGCAUCGUCUGGACCAGAUGGGAGCCCCAACAAAGAGAUUGAGAUCAGUGACGUCAAGUACAGAACUUUCCAGGUACCAGAUCUUCCCAACUAUUCUUGAUGGAAAUGUUUAGCACAACUACUGUUAGGGUGAUAAAACAAAAUGAGAAAAAAUACGAAACACGAUUGGUUGACUGCAUACAUUAUUUGAUCCUAAACAAGACCUUUGACCUCUCUGCAGAUAAUGAUGUCAUACUUGUACUGUGGGGGAACAGAGUCACUGAAGGUUAACGUGCCUGAGCUGCUAGAGGUAAGCAUCACGUAAUAUGUACUCAGUGUGUGUCAGGGUACUUGUGGUAAAAAAAAACAAAGCUUCUCAUGAGUCCACAAAAACUGAAAGGAAAAAAAUCUGUUACUGUGCUGAGAUAAUCCCUUUAAAUCUGAACGUGUAAAGGAUCUAUGGAUGAGAUUAGAAAAAACUCGUCCUGCCCCACUCUGACCCCUCAUAUGCAGCGACACAGUGUUUCACUGAGUCCAUUUGGAGUCACUGAGUAGACCUGUAAAUGAAUUUUUAAGUUACAUCAACAAAGGCUUUUAAAAGAAUCUUUCUGAAUCAUGCUUUCAUAAAUCCUCAGCAGAGACCUUCUUAAAACCUUACAACAAAGAAAAGCUGCAGCCAGUUUGUGAAAGUCACUAUCGUUCUUUACUGCUUAUCAACAUUUUUACUGGCACACCAACAGGGUAACUAGUUGAUUACAUUUUUCUCUUGGAAACUUGAUACUUAAAGGGAUAUUCCGGCGUAAAUUUAAGUUAUGGUCAAACACACUGUAACACAGAGUUAGACAUCUCCUCAAGAGAUAAAUGUUGCCAACUGCUUGCUUCUCUAGUUAUAUACACAAUACUGCAAUACACAGCAGUCUACGUCUCCACGCGCACACCUCAACCAAAAAGCUACUCUAUAGCCACAAUAAUACUCAGAACAGCAUCUAACUUCAUCAACAGUACAUAUAGGGUCCCAGCCAUAGUACUAGCCACCAAACAUCUUUUUAACUUUGCCUGAUUUCUUUAGCAAAGAGACUAAAGGCAACUCACUCACUCUCCUCCAGCAGCCACUUGUUUGCAGGGGAGCCCUGAUGAGUCAGCAGAGUUUAUUUACAAGUGCAGCGGAGUUUCAAAGAACAUUUAUGAUUACUACUUCAUGGAAAUGCAAUCAGACUGAGAUGCGAAGGCAGAAGAACUACUGAGUCUGCAGUGCAAAAUAAUUAUGAUGAUUAUUACUUCAUGGAAAUGAUUCAUCUCUUAGGGGGUUUCUAACUCAGUGUUACGGUGUGUUUGACCAUGACUUAAAUUUGUGCCCGGAAUAUCCCUUUAAGAUGGGACUGGAAGCUGAUAGAAUUCCCCUACACUGCUGCUCUUACGAUGACACUAAAUGAAACAUACUAUUGAUCAUUUUCUAAUCAUGACACUUUAUUGUGAUUUGUCCUGCAGUUACUAUCAGCAGCCAAUUUGUUCCAGCUGGGGGCGCUACAAAGACACUGUGAACUCGUGUGCUCUCAAUUCAUCAACCUGGAUAAUGCAGUCAGCAUCUACAAGACCGCCAAGGUAUAAUGUCCACACAGUGAGAGGGCCUGCAUCAUUCUGUGCAGUUAAUGUGAACCAUACAUAAUAGAUCACAUACUAUAGCUGUGCCCCUGAAGUCUUACAUCACUUUUAAAAGACACUAUGCAUGAAACAUCCUCUUGUAAAAUAAGAUUCAUAAAUAUAAUAAAUAUAUAAAUAUAAUAUCAUAAAUAAGUUAUUUUACAUCAGAGAUUUGUGUUUCAUCAUAAAUGACCCAUAACGCACAUGAAAAAGAACGUCUGGUUGCACUUUGAUCCUCCUUUGAUCCUCCUCUGGCAACAACAUCUGACUCUGACAUGUGAUCUUUUCCCCUCAGGUCCAUGGUUCAGCUGAGCUGAGCUCCUUCUGUGAAGGUUACUUCUUGCAGCAGAUGCCAGCUCUACUGGAGAGAGAGACCUUCAGGAGCUUGCUGUUAGGACCCCCUGCUGCCCGACAAGGAAACAGCUCCACCUCUACGCUGGUUCACAGUCGGGGAGACUCACCUCUGGAGGAGCUGGAAGCCACCCUGGCUCAACGGCUACGCUCUCUCCACGUCACCUCCAGAGUCUGAGGAGGAGAGGACAGCUGCUGAGGACAGAGGACAGGAUUAAGUCAAAGAGUUGAGGGGAAUGUGGAAGCAGAGCUGUUGAGUUAUCCCUAAUGUGAGAUUAUAUCUGAAGAGCUGUCUUUGAGUAUAGAUGUUUUCCCACGUUUGGUAAAAAGCAGCUUUCUGAAAAACUGAGACAUUGGGAUUCAGAUCAGUGAUAGACUUCAUUCCUGUUUGAUAUUUUACGCCCCGACCUCGGACUUGCCAUUUUUUUUGCAGUGUACAGCAUAGAAACAAACAAGAGAGUUGGACAGUAUGAAGCUGUUUCUCCAAGGCUCAGGAAGCUGAAUGGAGAAGUAACAGUUGGAUGCAACAGGUGGGAGCUGAGAUAUGAAACACUGCCGCCCUCUAGUGGACAAAACUGGCAACAGUAAUAAUUAUCUGGGAGGAUUGGGAUCAGUGUUUCCGACUGAAGCUAUGUGAAGCAAAAAGAAAAAAAGACUGAAUCAAAUGUUCAAGAAUGAUUGAGAGGGGGGCCAUGCUGGACUUUUGGCCCUCUUCAAACCAAUAAUGCAGAGUGGGAGGAAAAAAGGAGACUCUGUGCCUCCAGUAUUGAUGUAAACUUUAGAUUAACAAGUGUACUUUAGAUGUAACUGUUUGUUUUUAUUUUCUAUUUUUCAAAGUAUGACAGCAGAAACAAAACACUUACUGAAGAGUGAAGAUUUUGGACAUUUUCUAUUUAAUGAGGAAAAAAAAAGGUGUGAGAGUAUUUAUCGGGGGUGUUCCCUUUUUAUUUUGUUUUUUUUUAAUCCAUGCAAAUGAAUAAUAUUAUUGUUUAAAAUGCUUUUGUGUAGCUGUUGUUUUUCCAGGUACAUUAACAGUUCAUUAAGCUUAUGUAUGCUGAGGUUUUAAUGCUUCUACAAAGGUACAGCAGCUGAAUCCCACAUGGGGUUUGGAGGACAUGUCUGUUUUAAUGCUAAAUAUUGUAAUAAACCUGGUAAACAAGUA